AUGUGGCAACCUACUAUGCAACGUUACAACACGGGUAAAAUAUCAUAUUGCGUUAUCUAUACACACAUAUUAUUACAUUAUUAUGCGCGCGCGGUUUAUUAUAAACGGCGAGGUACAACUCUAAACGUCUUCGCGUUCCCGCCGCCGCCGCGGCGAUAGAAUACGAUAAUGAUUGCGUCUUGUACACGUUGGAAUAACAUUACGGUUUUCGUGUAUCGAUCGCCGGUGUAAUCUCGCGUUCCGAUCGGUGCGUCCAAUACGUUUUUCUCUCUCUCUCUCUCUCUCUCUCUCUCUCGCGCGCGCGCGUAAUAACGCGAUCGUAUAAAUAUGGAAAUGGGCGAAAAACCGCGGGCCGCGGACCACCUGAGCGCGCGUACGUACAAAUCUAUACGUAUAAUAAUAAAACCAAUCGUGUAAAAAUAUUUGAAAAAAAAAAAUCGAUCGGCCCGAGGCCACUGCAGCGCUCGUAAUACCAUUCUAAACGCACCGCGCGCGAUAAACGGCCCCGUUAAUUGUUAUCAUUAUUAUAAUAAUAUGACGGCGGACACGGACUCCGGAUACACCCCGAGCCCAUUAUAAUAUUACAAUAUUACGCGUGCACACGUACUUACUACCGUGUUACGUUCUCGUUCACGGUGCGCGCCGGACCGCGCGCGAUUACAACACGACCGUGUAAAAAAUUGUAUUUUCCGUAGAGAAAAAAAGGCAAAAAACACCGACUCGACAAACGGAAGGGGCGAUCGGAAAUAACGUUGUCCCCGCGAAUAAAUCGGGUAUUGUUCUUUUUUUUUUUCCUAUUCGCGCCCGCCCGCGUUUUCGGCAAAAGCCGACCUCUCCCCCGCCCCCACUCCUCUCCGGCAACCCGUCCGCUCGGGCGCCCGUCGUGCCCGUGUACGCGUGCGUGUACACUUACGUCGCAAAAAUCGUUUUUCCUUCCGCUCGUAUUAUUGCUGCGCGCGCAGUUAUCGCCGGCAGUACGGCGGAAAAAAUUACCGAUUCAUCACCGGCCUCAUCUCCGGCGCAACAACUGCACGGGAACACUCGGCCGGGGGAGACGACGACUACGACGACGACGACGACGACGGGGAAACCGGUCGUCCGACGUAUAUAAUUUGUCUAAUGCACAACAACAAUAAUAAUUAUUAUUACGAGUCCGCAGCCGUACUGUAGCGUUCGGAACCGUCGGCCGGUCGAGAACGCGUUUAAAAGACGGUCCAUUUGGUCCGACGGGUUCUGUCCACCUCUAAAAGGGUCUGACGCGGCGGGCGGCGGCGGCGUGCGUUUUUUUUUUUUCGUUAACCCCGCCCCCAUCUCGCCGGCCCACCCGUUAUGCCGGGUACGUCGUAAAGACGUUUCGGCGCGACUGAUCCGCGCGUGUACUAUUCAUAUAGGUAACACACGGCGCACAGUAACCGCUACCUGCGGCAGUAGCGGGUCACUUAAAUUCGAUUCGAUUUUUUUUUCUUUCUGCCUUUCAUUCCUUAAGUGGCGGCGGCGGCGGCGGCGUCGUCGUCGUCGUUUACCCGCCGCGCGCACCGUUUCUACGCCGCCUCCGAAUACCGGACGGACCCGUCUCGUUUUUCAGCGCGGCGUUCAGGAAUUUUCGCGUCGCCGUUCCCCCGGCGCGCGGCCCUAACGGUUCAUUCGGACUGUCUCGCCGCAGCCGCAGACUCGGACGCGACGAAACCAGCGACCGUUCGGCGGCGCAUACGUUACGCGGCCGCACGGGUGUGCCGUUGUCGUCGUCGCGCGUCUCCCGCCGACACGCCGGACGGCCGUUUCGUCCGCCGCGCCGCGUUUUUCCGCUCGGACGUGCGCGCACGGGGCGGUUCCGCGUUGAUUCACAUCGUGCGUCGUUUUUUUUUGUUUUCAUUAGCUUCAUUCAUUUUUUACGCUUUCCGGCGAGACCCGCCCGUCGCGCGCCGCACGCGAUCUGCCCGCAGACGCGUGCACGAUAAUAUCGCGUAUUGAUAAUGACGCGUGAUUAUCGCGGAUAACCGAAAAUUGAUCAUCUCCUGUGCGUCGUCGCGUCGGUCGGUCGUCUGAGCGCACGUGCCGGCACGUCAUGAAUAAUGGCCGGUGUGUUUUGUACCGGACGAAACGAUCGCGGUUUUCGAGUACAAGAGUACCUAUUAUAGACCGGGGGGGGGGUNGGGGGUUCGGUGGUAGGGGGGAAUUUGGUGGCACGACGCGAAAAUAACCGGGUACGAGGUACUCGUUGAUUUCAAACGAUUCCGGAUUGUAUCGGGCGUAUUGGGCGUAUAUCGGCGUAGGAAUUACAAAUCUGUAACGGACAUCGGCACACACAUUUUCGCGGUCCUUAACCGUUAGAAAUCGACUUUGUGUAGAUUAGUUUUACAUUAUAAUGGUAUAUAAGUUCAUACUACGGACAAUAUUAAAAAAAAAAAUUAAAAAAAAAAAAAAGUACCGAAUUAUAAGUACGAUUUAAGACAUAUUUUUCUUGCAAAUUCGGAUGUUCAAUUGAUUAAGGUUUCCGCGCACCAGCAUUGUACAAUAUGUAAUCACACCGGGUUAUCGUUAAUUCGUUCGAAAUCGUAUAAUAGAAACCGGGAACUGUUGCACGGUCGCAGAGCCGGCGUUCCCGUUCCCGUCGCUUGAACAUAUUAUGCGAUUAUACUGCAGCGCCCCGGACAAGCGUUUUAAAAAUUACUAUAACCGUACGGUAAAUCGUUUUUUUUCUCUCCUCCUACGAUACAAUCCGUCUUCCGAUUGUCGGCGCGGCGGCUUUAUAUGUAUACGUACACGUAUACGAGUGCUUCCCGUAUAAUUAAAAAAUAUAAAUUUAAAAGAAGAAGAAGAAAAAAAAAAAACUCACGAAAAACACUACGUGUACAAGUGCACGGGUUCGUCCGCGUCGUACGCGCGUACGCGAUGGGAAACGGCAACGUUUUUCGGUAUGGUAGGUGCGGUGCGCACGACGACGUAAAUAGCGUGUGUGUUCCGCCGGGUCCGGGCGAUUCGGUCGCGGCCGCGGGAGUUUCACGAUGAAAAAUGUGUCCGCGCGCGGUUAAUUAUUACCGUCGGUACACGGUGACGCACCGGCGCGCGCGCGGUUUUUUUUUUUUUUUUUUUUAUCGCGACGGGCAAAACCGUACGCGCGAUCAAAACGUAUUCCGCUAAAAUUAAUAGGCACGAAUUUAUUAAUAUUUUCGAUAAUCACCGUUGCGUGCACGCGUAGGAGGAGGACGCGCGAUCCGUACCGCGGCCGAUACGGCCGGCGCGCCCGGAGACGUUCAUUUUCGUGUGUAUGCCCCGCGCUUUACUCACCCCUACCCCCCCCCCGUUGUUCUUCGACGGUAUGCGCGUGUGCACGGGUACCCGGGUUUCGGGUGCCGACCGCGCAGCGUAAAUUCCGGCGCGGGCACGUGCGUUUUGGACACGCUUUUACCCCUCGUUCGGCAUCGAAAAUCCCCGCAACGUUUGGACAUUAAAAAUGUCCAAACGCAUACGGCUCUUGGUUUAAGGAGUGUAUCAGUCUCACACGACAAUAAUAUAUAAACAUGUAUAUAUGCGUAAAAUAACUCGUGUUCUCGUGUUAAAUCGAAUACGCACAAUAAUCAUAACGAUGACAAAAGGUUACCCAGUUACGUGAAAUACGUGAGUUUUGCACUCGUAUCAAAUCGAAUAAUGUACGCGUAACAAUAAUGUAUAAUCGCGUCCUCUUUUUUUUUUUUGCACAAGCCGUAACCGCGUUCUGUGUACUCGGCACACACUGCGCGCUGCGUCUCGACACUCGACAAGCAACUGCGGACCGGAUUGUUGACAUACGGUGCGAAACAAAAAAAAAAACAAAACAAAAAUAAGGACGUCAUAUUUUAUUAUACUAUUUGUGUAUAACUUCGGAAAUUACCGACGGAUUUUCGAUAUUUCGCGUACAUCAUAAGUCUGCGAUCACGCGUUUUAUCGCAGUCCGCUAUGAUGUUUAUUGUCGAUAGAAAUGCCCGCGUGCGGUUAUUGUUGAACGUACAUACACUUAUAUUUCAUACAUUUAUUUACCAUCCAAACGCGUAGAGUACAUAUAAACAAUAGUGCCCGACCGUGUUGCGAUAUUUUGCCCAAACGUGUCGCGAUUCGGGAUAAAAAUGCCCAAACGUGUCGUAACCGUAAAUCCGGACUCGCCGGCGCCGGUUUCGUCACCGUUAGCUUAGUAUAAUGUCGGAGCGAAUAAUCGUUCGUGCACGAUAGUUAUUGUACGGGCGCGUUUACAAAAAAAAAAAAAAAAAAUGUUUUAUAUUAUAUGAUGGGUAUUACUAAAUUGUGCGUUUACUAUUUUUUAUUUUUUAGCGAAUACCGGCUAAACGACAACGCGAUAAUUCAUGUUGUUGUGAUAACAACGCGGACCGAGAAACGGGAUGCGCGGGAUAUUUUUCGAUUUGUUUUUACGUGAUAAUUUUUUUUUCUUUUUUUUUUUUUUUUUUUACGUCGAAAUCCGCCGAGUAUAUAUGUAUAUAAAUAUCUUGUGUUAUUAAUUUGUUACACCACAGGUAGGCGAUCGAAUCCGCGGUACCGUCGCGCGCUACGAGCGUAUUUCGAACCGACGACGACGGUUAAGACGAACAAGAAUUUCCGUAUUAUUUGACGUAUUUUUUACGAUUUCUUUUUUUUUUCCCCCAUCGCGCCGCGAUAAUAAUACUCGAUCUCGAAGGCCGCGCGUGAUCGGCCGGUUAAUAACACCGUUUACGCGACACACGGCACGGUGAGCGGCUGCGUAGUGUGUAGAAUUAUAGAUCGCGGAUUUUCCAUUGUGGGCGUUGUUGCAAUGCGCGGUUAUGCACCGUGUUUCGUGUCGUUUUUAUAUUUUUAAAUUUUAUUCGCGCGUUCGUCGCCGAGAUUCACGUGGAAAUCGCGCGCGACCGCCGCGGGGAGGGGAGGCGACGUGUUUACUGCCGUCCGACUUGCAAUGUAUAAUGCGCCCCCUCAGCGCGGAAAUGCGGCCGAGAAUUCCCGAGAAACGAACGAAAGCCGCGCGUUCAUCGGCACCGUAUUUCGUUGUUUCGCUCCGAUUUUCGAGUCGAGUCGAGUCGAGCCCUUCCCGAAUAGAAAUCUGACCGGGUCAGCGCGUCGAUGAGACGCGCGCUGUUCGUUUUCCGCGCAGCACUCGCGAUAACCGGGAAAAACGGGAAAUCUACGUGCGAGAUGCGCACACCCCGACGGGUGUACACAUGGCUUCGGGCCGUUCUCCGUGGUCGCGCGGCGGGUACCAUUCGAAUUCCCAUCUGCGCCCGGCUGCCUCCGCGACUUCACACCGACAACCGUUGAACAAGUUGCGCGUCCGCAUCCCGUUUUGUUUCGGACGCGUUUUCGCGUAUUUUUCCGCGCGCGUGACCGGCAACGUCACAAACAAACAGAACAUCGCGUCGCUAUCAAUCGAUCAACGCGCGCGCGCGCUAUGUAUCCGCGUCGCGACGCCGUAUCGACGCUAAUCAAUCGACGUCGCGCGCAACAAUUAUUCGAUCGCGUUCGUGCGUGCGCCAACCACCCCCCCCCCCCCACCUCCCCGUCAUACGCUCACCGCGCGAUACUCGCUACGCGACACGACGAUUUAUUUUACGAGCGGCUAUCCGUUAUGCACGUCCGUCCGGUAUCUCCGCGUUCGGAUCUCGAAAAACAACGCGCGCCCAUUCGCCCGCGACAACGUAACAGCAGUUUGGUGUCGUACGGACGUGGCGGCGCGCCGUUCGGCUCCGGGUCGCCCGCCCGACCUACCGGCCGAACGCGCGCGCGAACGGAUUUUCGUUAUUUUUUUUUUUUUCUCCUCCGCUACAACGCGAUUUCGGCCCGGGCCGUACGAUCGCGCGCGCCGCCGACCUACAUGCACCGUAAUAUCGUUAUUAUCGUUAUAAUAAUAUUGUGACGGAUACCGUGCCCACGUUGCGAUAAUGUAUUAUAACGACGCGCGCCGCGUACGUUAUGUUAAUAUUAUUAUUACCGCGAACUCGCUCGGUUAUUAACCGGCCGCGGCGCGCGCGACCGCACCGCCGGACAACGGGUUUCCGACACGUUCGUAUUUUUUUUUUUAUUUUUUUUUUUUUUCUAAAACUAGGCGUUAUUGUUAUUAUUGUACAUUCGUCUGGUUUUUCGACCGAUUUCGCUUAGCUUCGUACGCGCGCGCGCGCGAUCAUACAUUGUGCACGAUUCACAUAUACGAUACGCCCCGUGCGCGGACGGUCCCGCGCGUAAUUCGCCCGAACCGGCGGCCGCGGUCGCCUCGUCCGGACUAGCGGUACGGACGAAAUCCACGUGCGACUCUUGUUACUUGUUCGCGUACGCGUAGCGCGUUGAACGUUGUCUUGCGUCUUGCGCGACCGUCGCAAACUCCGGACGCGGACCGAACGGGGAGGAGAGGUUUUUGUUUUUUACAAUUUAUUUCAAUAACGUCGCCGCCGCUAAAAGAAUUCGAUCGCGAACGAAAAUAGGUUUUUCAAAAAAACACGCGUUGCUUUAAAUACGUAAAGGAGACAGUGUACACUACGUUUGACACGGGGACAAUUAGUUGUAAUCGGGAACCGUACGCGCGAAUGGCGCGGGUUUUUAAUACGUUUUUCGCCGAUAAAAAUCGUGUUUUUUUUUUUAAGAUACGCGACUGUCGUAUCUCGGUCGGUGUUUCGACACGGAUAAACGGUGUAGUGGUCGAAAUGAAAAUAACGCUAUUCGUACCCGGUGUAGAAAACCGGCGUUCCCGUUUACGACGCUUUGAGUUUUAUCGCGCGCGCUAAAUGUUUCGGAAUCGGAUUAAAAAUACGGUACCACGGAUUUUUUUUUAAAAAAAAAAAUAGUCACUUGAAUCCAUAAACGGCCGACAUGUUUCGCGUCACCGUUCGAUGGUAUAUAGGUAAAUAUGAGAAACGCGCACGCUAGUAAUAAUUUCACUUUAACAUACGAUAAUAUGUAAAUCGCUACGGAAAUCAAAUCCGGUGGUGGAUAUUCGCACGGAAUCCAGAUCGUAAGAAAUAUAUAUUAGAAGAGAAAAAAAAACACGAUUAAAAUAACAAUUUCAAGAACGGGUUUUUAUCGAUAUACAUUUUAAGUUUUUUACGGAUCGAAAACACGACACGACGCGUGAGCGUUGAUUUAAAGUUGUUUUUAUUUUCAUGUGUGUUUAUUAUACGAGAUCGAAUGAAAAAAAAACGCGAGUAGUUUUUUUUUUUUUUUUUUUAUAAACGACCCACUAAUUAUAAUAUUAAGCGUAUCGCGUUCAUAUGUAAAAUCCGGUCGCGGACACAAAUCCGCUGUUUUUUUUUUUUUUUCGGAUAUGUUUAGAAUCUGAGCGCAUAGCACGUCGGUUUUAAUCUCCGCGGGUAUCGCUAGAUUAAGUAUUUAGUAAAAUUUGAACGUAAAAUGUGAUAUCGUCUUGCGCCGAUCGUCGAAUUCCGCGACAGGUUUCCGGUCGCAAAGGAAUUUUAACGACGGACAUCGUAAUAACCACGGAAUUUCGCGCGCUACCGUUUUCCGAUUUAUGCGAAUAAAACUCUUUUGGUUCCAUAAAUAUGCUCGGAAUUCGAGGCGGAAAAACGCGGACAGACAUAUAAUCGUGAUUUAUUAUUUAUAAAAAUUAAUACAGUUUCCGAUUUAAGUCUAUAUCAAAACAUCGAGCUCUGCUCAGAAUCGCUUUACGUUACCAAUGGUCCGUCGUCGAUAUAAAUUAAUAACUAUCCCGUACACGUAUUGUACGUGUACGUUCCCCACUACCCACCAACAACACCGACAAGUUUUGCUAUAUUCGUGUACAAUUGUCGUGUUAUUAAUCACGUUGAUGUUUUUUCGUUCCGCAGGAUCGGCUAGCCGGGCAUGGUACAGUCGCGUCGAUCGGUGGCGGCGGGGGCGGCGGUAGUGGUGGCGGCGGGGGUGGAGGAGGAGGCGGUGGCGGUGGCGGAGGUGGCGGCGGUGGUUCGUCGCCGUUCAGCCCGCACCACCAUCACCACCAUCACCAUCACCGGAACACGACGCCCACCAACGCCGGCUCCAACAUGGGUCACCACCAGGACUUCCAGCCGCCGUACUUCCCGCCGCCGUUCCCACCGGCCCACCAUCACCAUCAGCCGGCCACCGGCAACGCGUCCUCGCCGUCCGCCAUGGACUACAUCAACGAUCCGUAUUCGCAGACGCUCAACAGCCUGCACCAGAGCGCCCAGGCCGCCGCGGCCGCGCACCACUACAAUCAGCUGACCGUGGCCGCCGUGUCCGUGGGCCAGCGGCACGAUGCCCUCCGGCGUUCCGACUCCGAUUCCAUACACGUGGUGAGCUUAAACGCAACAAUAUAAUAUUAUUAUAAUGUAGACCGUAGUUUUCAAAAGUAGAUAGUAAAUGGGAUAUUAUGUAGUGGGGCGUACCCGGGGAUUUUCAACGUGAAGGGAUGUACGACAAAUACGAAUCGGGAAUAAAGAGUAAAAUCGUCUUCUAUACCUGACUGUGGGAAUCGGUAGGUAAUUUAGAGACCGGAUUCUAAAAAAAAAAAAAAGCCAAUUUCUAAUCGAUAUAUACGUCAAGCUUUUCCUCGUAACUUGGCUGAAAUUUAUGCGUUUCGAUAUUAGAUCACUCAUAUUUGAUUGUAUUUUUAAACCAACGAGGAGAAUAUGACCUCUAUUAUCCUCCCUCCCAACACAACUGUAUAGGAUAUUAGAAUAAUAAGUGGAUAGUUAAAAAAAAAAAAAACGAGCGGCUUUAAAACGUCGCAUUACCGCAAUGUCGCCCCUAUUUUCGGGAUUGUGAAACCACUCGUCAUUUUCGGUUUUCAAACAGUAACCUAUAUUGCAUAAUCGAUAGACGCGGAUCAUUAUUAAUUUAAAUUUAUUAUUUUUUUGUUAAAAUUUUUGAAAUUUCCGUCGGCCCUCUGACGAGAUAUAUUACGCUUUUAAAUUCGGGUGUAGGGGAAGAAUACCGGCCCCGCGCUGCCACAUUAAUGAUGUGCCGCUGCUCAUCCCCUACCCGUACUUAUCAGUGUAAUAUCUCGUCAGAGGGUCGACGGGAAUUUAGAAUAUGUCGACGCCGGAAACGCGCGUAGUUAAACCGAGAAUCGAAAGCGAAGAAAAUGAUUUCGCCUUCAAAGCUGAAGACGGUAACGGCUGCUAUUGUUUCGCGAAAUUUCCGAAUAAGAAAAAAAUCCGAAUAAAAAUAAUUAACUAUAAUUUCCUGUGUAGAAAACCGCAGCGUAUCGCCGAGGAUCGACCGCGCAUCUCGAUACGGACACCGUCGUAUCGUAGGUCCCCGGUACUUGCCCGCCCACGUGUACCCGACCGCGGUUUCUCGCUCGCGGAGCGCGAACUCCUCGGCCGGACGCGGCGUUCGGAUCUCUGCGCGCCCGGCACCUGUUCCCCCCCCCCCCGAGCAAAUAACAGACGCCGCCGUCGACCGAGAGAGUACCGCGCGUACUCUUUUGCGCUACGGUAAUGUUGUUACGUACGUUCACACGGUUUCCGAAACGUUUCGUCGCGAAUGUGCCGGCAGUACUCGCGGCCACGUCCGGCGCGGGUUCGACAGUCGGCGGGCAAAGCGCCCGUCAAUUACGCUAUAUUACUAUCAUUGUCGUUAUUAUCGUUAUGUGCGCGCGGAGGUCAACGGUUUCCGUCGAAAAUUCCAUCAAACCGCCGCCGCGGCCAUUGUUUUCGGCGCGGUCGGAUUCUCGCGGACGACGACGUUAACGUUAUCGGCGUAAUACGGACGGUGUACGCGCGGCGCGCACUGUACGCCGUACACGUGUGCGUUGUACGCGUACGCACGUGCGAAACGUACGUAAAUUACGCGGCGACGGCGACGCCGCCGGAACGAACGCGUCGUGUCUUGCCGUCGUAAGCGCGGCGGCGGCGCGGCCACGGCGGGCGGCUCGCUUCCGAUCUAUCAGCCGGCGGCCGCGUAGGCGAAUCGAACGUGCGCGUACGCUCUCGUUUAGUAACGGCAACAGCGACGACGAACGACAAUAGCGCGGCGUCAACCGCGCGCGCGGACGGCGAAAUCGGACGCGCGUUCACGCGAUCCAAACGUACACGCGCGAUAAUAUUGUUACGAUAAUAUUUCGUGUCGUACGCGCGGCGCGUUAUUGCUGCGGCCCGGCGGUUCGGAACGUGGGAGGCGCGCGCCGCGGACAAAACGGCCGACGACUAUCGCGUCGGAAUCGCGCGGCCGCCCGCGAUAACGACAGUAAUAAUAAUAACAGCAAUAAUAAUAUAUCGUUAUUGUUAUUUGUGCUGUCGCGCCGUUUAUCGUUUAUCGAUUUACCGGACCGAUCGAUCACGCGCUCGAAAACGAUAAUAAUAACAAUAAUAAUGUUACGACAAGACUGCAGCGGCGGCGUUGCGGAGCGCGCCGAAAACGUCGUGACCCCGCGGCCCGGAUAAAAAAUUGAUUCGCGCGACCUAACCUCGCGGCCGCCGCCGAAAAUUUGUCACGAUCCCGUAUCCGGUACACGACGAUUUACGCGUGACAUUAUUAUAAUUAUAAUAAUAAAUAAUAAUAAUAAUAAUCGACCUUUACGCGGGUUGUUUCCGCAAAGGCCUUGUUGAACACUCCCACGUCCAAACGAAUAGCUUUUGUAGACAGAUGCGAUUUCGUGUACGCACUGCCUUCGUGAGGGGGAGGAGUGUCCUACUAUUUGUCAUGUUCAAAUUUACCCGGUUUUUUUUCCCCGAAACUAUAUUAAUAGUAUACAUAGUUGAAUUCAUAUAUAUAUAUAUGUAUAUACAUAUGUAUAUAUAAAGUGAACGGAAAAUUAUUUGUCCGUCCGCCGGUGACGGUGCUCAGUUCACGCGGGCCCGUUUUUUUUUUUUUUUUUUCGUUCGCCCGUUGUCGUCGCGCGGAUUCGCACGCGCCCGCGUCUUUUCGGCGAACGUUUUUUUUUUUCUCUUAUUCGCCCGACGACGGUUUUUUCCUCGCGUAAUCGCGUGUAUCAAAUACCGCGGCGAAUCGCGGCCCGGUCACGGUAAUGGUAUAAUAACGGCCGGCGUACGAGGUAUACACGCCGUAUACGCCGCACGCGCGCGCCCGGUGUCGCGUGUACCGCGCGCGACGACGUAAAUUAUUCGCACGCGGAAACGCGUUCAACGAUAAUCGUAAUAAUAAUAAUAAUAAUAAUGGUAACUAUUGCCCGCACGGUCGUGUAUUUUACGUGGUCGGUUUUUUUUUUUCUUUUCCUCUCUGUUUUCCGCCGGUUUUUUCCCUCCGCCGCAGCGUUUACGGACUCGCCCGGCGGUAUUGGCCGCCACCGGCCUGACCCCCGCCCCACAGCGCGGUACGCGUAUACCGCGUAUACCGCGUAUACCGCGUAUGGUAUUAUAAUAUUGCCCGAGCCGCCCGAUAAAAACGACUCCGAGCACGCCACGCGCCGUGGCGGGGGGGCGCCCCGUCGCAGACCGCGCCCCGGAAUCGCCGCGCCGUGUUACAUUAUUUAUGUAUUUAUAAAACCGCGUAAUCUCUCCGACUGCCGGGAAAUUCAUUUUUAUUAUCUCGUCUCCGGCGCGCAACAACAGUAAUAAUAAUGUCGCCCCGCCGAGCGCGUCCGCGUGACCCGACCGACCGGGCCCCCCGUGAUCGCGACUUUGACCCGUAAAAGGACUUGAGAAGAAAAAAAAAGCCAGCCGUUUCGACGGUACGGUAGCGUAGCCGGCGAAACCGAGAAUACCGCACUGUGUGCGUGAGUCGUAUUGUCCCCCGGGCCGCUUUAAUGGGCCGGAUCGAAUUUUCCGAGCGUAAUACAAAUCCAGUCGUAUUGCCCGUGACUCGGCACGCGCAGUCCAGUUUGCGUGUCCGCCGAGCGCGAGCGUUCACACCCUACCCCCCAUUUUCUGCUCGAAUCAGUGCCGGGGCAAGAGAACUCGCGUCGCAACGGUUUUCGACCUUCCCGGGGACCAACCGUUCGCGUUCAGUCAGAUAUAGGCGCCCGUCGGGAAGCUUCCCGGGAACACGGGAAUGAAAACGGCAUGUUUGAAUUGAAAAUGUACGAUAAAUAAAAGGUUCGUAGUUGGGCUGCCGAAAACGCAAAGAAAUAAUGUAAUAAAAUUAUAAUACGUACAGUUACAGUUAAUAAUAUGUAUAAAACUCGCGAAUUCCGUUUGCGAUCGCCCCGUUUGACCCGACGAACGUACCCGUGCACGUAUACGUUACUGUCGGCGACAACGAUUAAUCGGAUCGCGCGGUUUUUUGACGUAUACUCUUGCCUGUUUAUUAUUAUUGUGCUACAGCACGGUGGACAUAAUGUCUGUCGUAUUUGUCGAAUCGCACGCCGGGUCGUCGGGGUCCGCGGGGUCGUAAGCCGGUCGUGUCGAAACCGUACAAUCUCGUGCCGUGCCCCGCGCAUAAUAUAAGUACAAUAUUAUUGUAAUAUUACGCGUGUGGGACCGGUUUUUUAUUUUUUUUUUUUUUAGCGAUCCGGUGUCCGUAUGUGCUAUAACCGCGCGAUCAGUGUACGGUACUGCGGUACUGUUGUCGAAACGCGGUUGUUCAUCUGAUAAUAGCUCGAAAACGUCAGUAUAUUUGUGAAAAUCGCACCGCCCCGAACGAGCGUUAAUGCGGAUAAUAUCCGAUGAAACUUUCUGGUCUCUGCGGCUAUUUUUCACCGGGAUUACGACGAGAAAACAAAGUCUAAAUCGACAGAAACCGUUAUUGCGUAAAUAUUUCCCCCCCCUCUCCUCAUUGUUAGACAGCUACAAGGAAAAUCGCAAACAGACCUCUUGUUCGAUUGCGAGAAAUAUGUACCGAAAAUAGCUGAAAUCGACUCUCAGGUUGACCAACCGUAGAGCAAGUUAGUUGUUUACCGGUCGGAAAAUCGGUUACCAGAAAAAAAAGCACGCGUCGUAGUUCGACGAAUUCGUAUUUCGACAACAAAUACAAGAGAGAGCAAGCGAAAAGUGGCAACUGGCGAAGUGUGUUUGGAUGUUUGUCGGUAGAAAAGGAAGUAGAGUACAAACGGUCGCGUGUUAUUCGGAACAAUUAUGGGUUCCCGACAAACAUCGUCACCGGUUCACGUCCGGUCCCGAACGAUUUUUCUCUCGGUUCUCGGUGGCGGUUCUUUCAUUGUUUUUUUGAUCGCGGUAACGAUAGAAUCGCAAUCGACUCACAGCGCGGAAACGACGAUUCGUUUGACCCGCCCGAAAUCUUAAACAGCCGGCCACGAAAGUACGCAUUUUAAACACUCUAUAGACGGAUUCAGGUUUUGUGUUGACCGCGCGGCGGGGAAUUGAUUUUUACCGCGACUUUCGAUUACUGUUCUUAUUGCGUGACGUCCCUGCAGGCCGCGCCGUGACGAAUUACGCACCGCGCGUUGAACGCCGACAAUCGCCGCUUACGGCCGAACGACAACCGGCGCGGUGCGUUACGCGCGCAGCCGCGACGCGCAACGCAAACCCGGACCAUACUCGUCUGCGAAAAGUGUGCGGCGCGCGUACGAAAGGCGAUUAUCGGCGCGCGGAGGCCGCGGGGAAAACCGUCCCGGCGUCGGUGCUGCCGCGGCGGUAAUAAGCCGCCGAGAUGAGACAGUUGAACGACGGUGCGCCGUUUAUCCGCGGCGGACUGUGCCGCGGCGCGUACGGUUCCGGGGCCCGCGGACCGGCCGCCGAGACGACGGACAACAUUACGCGCGUCGUUAUCGUUGUUAAAAGUUAUUGAUACGCGCGCGCGACGAAGACGACACGGUAUCCAUUGUCCGCCGCGGUAUAUCCGUGCGCGCGCGAGCACGUAACCGCGGACGGGAGUUAAUUAAAACGUGCGCCGCGGUAUACGCGCGCUCUCGUGAAAUCGUCCGGAUAGGUGUGUAUUUCAUUUUUAACGAGAGACAGACAGCGCGCGUGUGUGUAUGUGUGUGUGUGUAUGUGUGUAUGUGUGUGUGUGUGUGUGAGAGAGAGAGAGAAUGAGUGAGAGGGAGAGAGACCGAAAGACCCGCCGCCCCCCGGUAAUUAAUAAUAAUACACACGCGUAUGUGCGGCACACGGAGAUAUCCGAUACACCGGGCACAUUCGUGUAUCGAUAUAACAGCGGCAGCAGCCCCGUUAAUGGGGCCCGAGGAAAUCGAUUCGACCGCUUUCGUCGUGAAAAGUGGGCGUCGCUAUUGUAUUAAAAAUAUGCGUGUACGCAUUAUAUGUAUAGCCGCUGCCGGUCGGACGGUCGGUCGGUCGGUAUAUUCAUUUUUAUUUUUUUUUUCUAAUUACGCGUGUCGACGGGAUUUUCGUCAACACGAAAGUCUUAGAAAGCGCGGACGUUCGGCCUAUAGAAUCGAAUUAGAAAAAAAAAAAAAACUGCAAUUAUUUACAUUAUAUUGUUCCCCGCGGAUGACGGCGAGGAAUAAAUGCGCAGUGUCGUACACGAGAACACGAUAUUAUCAUUUAUUGUUGGUACCGUCGAUCAGCAAAAACACAUUACCCCGAGAUUAACAGCCGACGUUCGGAUAAGGUCACCAUAACUAUGUACGAAAAUGAAUUACAGCGAAACAAAGUCGAUUAUAACACCCCCCCUCCCCCUUCCCUCCCAUUAUUAGGAAAAUCACCGAGAAAAAUCGAAAAAUUACCACCGCGAUGCACCGACAGCUUCACAUAAUUUGCUACCGCAAAAACUAUACGUUCUAAUGUCGAUAAUCUGAAUAAGAUUUCCGGUAGAAAAAUUCUGUCAGUAAAAAAAAAAGCAUCGCGUAAAACCUGCAACAUAAUUUGUAUUAGUGGUUCGCCGUUGAAAGUAUGUUUAUUAUUAUGGUGUGGCGGUUUUUCAAAUCAAAACGUUGUAGUGGUUUCACCCCUUCCCCAACUAUAUAAAAAACAAGGAAAAUACGAACGACGAAAUUGAAUGUGUAGCGGGUAUUGUUGUUUAUUAAGUUACCCAAUACGAAAAUCCCUCCUAAAAAUAAAAAAAAAUGUCAAUACUUAAUCCGAAAUAGUGAAUCCGUUAAUCUGAAAUGGAAUAUUCUGCCGUUAGCUCCUCGUGAUAUUAUCUCAACGUCGCGAAUCGCUUAACAUUCUCGUGGGGUAAUACUCGAUUUCGAAAACACGUCCGCGGGAAAAUUACGCGUCAUCUCGUACAUAAUACAAUUCGCGUCAAUUUGUCGCGGUGUAAAUCGACUACAGCCAUUAUUGUCCGGGUGUAGUUUUAGGUUCUGAGUGGAUCGAAGGAGCUCGAGGGUCUUACAAAGGUGUUUAUUUUUCAAUUUGUUUUUUUCCGCGGACAACUCUUGCUCCGGCCCACAUUGAUAUUAACUUUUCCAAAAGCAUUUCCCGUCGGAAUGGCACUUUAGAGUGGUCAUUUUUCGAAUUUCUCGGGAUGUUUCUCAACGAAUCUCUCUUGUUGCGGAUUUCGACGCGCGCGGCUACUGUUAACACGUGAAUAGCAUAACGCGACGCGAACUCUGGCGCAGCGUAAAUUUAAUAUCGCGGUGCGACGGCCGUAACGCACAUACGCACGCGGAAACCCCGCCGUCCGUUUUCGGCCGCGUUCAACCCCUCGCCAGGGCGGAUCGUUUUUAAGACUGUACGCGUAUUAAUAAUAAUAUUGUAAAACACGGGGCGGCGGAGGCACACAUUCUCUGCGCCGGGAAUUCCGACGCACGUCCGCAUUCCGAACGUUUUAAUUAUGUUGCGCCCGACGACGGCGACGAAGACGAAGGCGAUGUUACGGGUACAUUAUAAAAUUAUUAUUACACGAAAACGAUUUUUACGGUAUUAAUAUAAAACAUCGUUAUUGUUAUCGACGGGCCCGCCGCCGCCGCCGCCGUCGUGUUAUUGAGCGAUAUUGUUAUUUUAAUUUCGGACGAGAUUUCGCGGAAUGCGGGAAAAUUCGAAUUUUUAUACGCGACACAAGACGUUUUAAUAUCAUAUAAUACGUCAAAUUUCCCCGUCCCGCCCCGGGCCCCCGAAGUAAACCAUACUGUAAUAAUAUUACCCGUGCGCCGGUGAGCGUGCGGGGAGGAGGGGCGGGUGAGGGGGCAGCGAUAAACACACGCAACGAUAUUGCAACGCUGUUGUUAUUAUGUUUAUAUCGUACAAUAAUAAUUGCGUUAUUUUCGAUACGAGAUGUUGCGUUGUUAUUAUGUAUAUACGUAUGAUAUUAUAGCAGACGUGUGCUCGGUGUACGCAUUGUUUUACGAAAAUUCUCCGGGCGACCGGUCAGGCCCAAAUAUUUAAUAAUUCGAGGGGUUCGAAAGCGGCGGCGGCGGCGGAAUUCAUUUCCGAAAUACGAGAAACUCGCGCGGUCGACUUUCACGCACGCGCGCGCAUUUUAUACGCUUUUAAUCGUUCCGAAAUUGAAAUGUUAUUUUAUAACGCUCGUAUUCCGUAAAAACAUUGCCGUAUAAAUGCGCAAGACGAUUGACACGACGCAAAACGCUCGCAUUAUAAUACCGGAAAGUAUUUAUUGUUAUUGUUGUGUUAUUUUUCUCGAAGUCGUUGAAAAUUAAAGAAAACAAGCACGGUUACGAUGUAAAAUGUCAUUGUUUUACCGUCGUUUUUUUUUUUUUUGUCGCCCUUAUUUCCGGCGGUGAAACCGCUACCCCUUUUUCGGUUUUCAACUAGCCUUUUUUUAUUGAACAUUUUCAGUUUAAACAAAUGUUGAUGUUGAAAUAUUUAAUUUCCGCCGACGGGAUAUUCAACGUCUAAGUUUGACGGUUUGUGGAUAACCGAAGAACAGCGGAACAUAUAAUUUACGUGUGGCGGCGCAAUACACGUCGUUUGAACGAGUGCUCCACUCGAUUAUUACCCGAUCCACAAAACAUCAAACUUAAAAUUGACGGGUUGACGGGGAAAUUAAAAAUGCAACGUCAAAAUACAGCCAAGUUACAAGGAUUUAAGAAGUUACUGGUUUAUCGCAUACAAAUUGGCAGCGUUGAGACUUAUCUCGAUACAAAUAUUAUUAUCUAUUGACUAUUAUCUUAUAUAGAUUAAAAUCUACUGGUCAUUUUUCGAAACAUAAGUUAUCUAUAUAUUCAUUCAUCAAUAGAUAAAUUUUUAUCUAACAUAUAUUUAUUAAAUAUUAUAGUAUACAUAUUUUUACAACUUGUAAUUGUGUACCUCAGAACCAGACGAACACGAGUUACAUUAUUUUUUUAAAAAAAAAAAAAACUAAAAGAUGGGGCCAGUUUCUUGUCAUAUAUCAGGACUUACGCUCGUAUAACUCUGGUAAAAUUAUGAGAGGCGUAUUUUUAACAGACUUCCGUUAUCAUGGCUCGAUGGAAAACAUGUGUUAAAUGAAAUAAAAAAUAAUCUGAAUAAUAUUUUUUGGACUUACGUUCGCCUGGUUCUGAGGUACAGAAUUAUUGUUGAAUGUCUGUAUACAUAUACAUAAUACAUUACGUCGAUUAACGAUACGAAAUAAAUUUCUAAAAAAAUGUUAAUCAACACCUUUUAUCCCGCUGACCCUAUACAUUUUUACGCCGAUUACGCGUCGGUCGAACGCCCGCCGCCGUUUCGUGUAUAAAUAAACGUAAUCAUUUUUUCCUUUUUCCUUAUAAUAUUCUUUAAUCGACGCCGCCGCCGCCGCCGUCGUGCCAUAGCGUCACGAUAAUCGUACACGCGGUGUUAUUCGACACAUUUUUCUUUUCUUUUUCUUUUUUUUUUCUCUCUUAUCCUUCAAUAUAAAUACCGACUCCGAUAAAUAUUGUCCUAUAAAUAUUGUAUAAUACAGGGUAUAGGUAUUAUACUCGAUUUUUAUCUUUAUCCAUACGCAUCGCGUGAUAUUAUAAUAUCUCUCCGGAUGAUUAACGGCUAUACGAACGCGCGUAUAUUACGAUAAUAUAAUAUACGAGUGUACCGGCGACACGUUAUUUUUAUUAUGCUAUUAUUAUAUUAUACCGUUUCUAGUAUUUUAUAUAAUAGUAUAUGUUACUCGGCCGAGAAACUGGUCGUGAAAAAUCACACCGCCGCGCGUCGUAGUCGUCGUCGAGUUUUCUCGUAUGAAAUACGACAUUUUUUCCGUUUUUUUUUUCCCCUGUCGUUUCCCUUAAAUAAUAUAAUUUAUUAAAAUAUAAACAGACGUAUAUGUGAAUUGUGCAUUUUUCUAGAAAUAAUCGUCGCGCAUGUUAUAAGCGAUUAUAACGUUUUGCGCGUUAAAUUUACUACGCGAGCGCUACAUGCGCAAACGAAAUCCGUUCUCGUUUUAACUACCGCGUUUAGAUAAUCAUUAUAAUAAUAAAAAAAAAAAAAAACAAGGCGGCCCGCUUUAUAAACGUCACACGACUUGUAUAUAGAAUGUUCAAAAUGAAACGUUUUCGAAGAAAUUUCUACGGGGUGAGGAGGGCGGUAGGAGGGGUGCGCCGCUGCAUCUUUCGUCACAACAACAGCCAAAAACACCGACAUCGACGACACUGCACGUGAGCGUGCGGCCCAUUGUUUUACGGUUGUAGAUAUCGUACGGGCGCAGGACACUGGUCGGUUUCGCAUACUAUGCGACGGGCAAGACCGGAGAAAAAAAUGAAUACGUAUACGUAUACAGCCGGCAUCUAUACCUGAUUUAUAAGUUAAAAAAAAAACCGAACCGACACAAACAAACGAAAAAAAAAUCACGAAAGAACUUUCACGGACUGUUAUUUCUGCCCUUCCGUACGCCACGUCGCCGUCAUAUCGGGACGUCGUCGUUUAGUAUUAUUAAUAUCGAAUAUAAUAAUAAAAAGACCGCGACCGAUUUAGGCUUGGUAAACUCGUAAAGGUAUAUAAUAUACUCAAUACCUAUUAUAGGUAUAUAUUAUAAUAUAUUAGUAAACACACACACACAAAACAGGACCGGAUCCGUGUUCGGAGCACUAAUAACAAUAAUUAUUAUUAUAGUCGAUGUACGGGGAGGGGACGGGGGAACUGGUGUUCCGUUUUUUUUUUUUUUUUUUUUUUUUUAUGCAUUUAUACAUAGGGACCUCUCGGAUCUAGGUUAUUCGUACGUAGUACGUAUAAAUAUAUAUAAAUAAACGUAUAUUAUAAGAGACGUCGUCGUUCCUUAACGAGAGUUUUGUGCUGGUAGUUGCGCUUCUGCGGCCCAUAUAUAUGUAUAUCGAAAACCUCUCCCAUAUCUGGUUACAAGACCCGUAAUUAUAACCGACCGCCGAAAAAACCGAAUAAAAAAAAAAAACGCCACUAAUUUCUACGUACUCACACUGUAUGUAUACUACACUAUAUACUUAUUACUACCGUACUCUGACGAUUAAUCAAAUUCGAAUGAUCGGCGGCUGCGGCGGCACCGAUACACCUAAUACGUAUAAUACGACGAUAGUGUAUAGCGAUACGUAUAAGUAUACUCUCGCUCGUCGCAACAGUUUAAAAUCAGUUGUGUGCGUUUUUUUGGUUUUUUUUUUUUUUUACGGGCUUGUGUGCAUUAUAAACGCAAUAAACUGUAUAAUAUUAUAUGUUUUUCCUCGUAUUUACUACAAUAUAGUAAUAAUAAUGUAUACGAGCGCCAGUUUGUUGUUUAGUUUUAUUAUUAUUAUAUAGGCGCGUAAUAUCGUUUGUGACGUAAAUAUAUCGCUGUAUAAUAUGUGAUAGUAAAAAACAAUUUCAAAAAAGAGAAAACCGUCGGCGAUCGGUCGUCGUGUAAACAUUUUUAAAAAAAAAAAAACGCAAUGUUUGUUAUUCGAUUUUUUAAUUAUUUUUUUUAUCGAACGAUAAAUCCGCGACGUAAUAUUGGUACAAACGCGUGUAAUAUACGUAUUAAUAUAACAUCGAUAAAAAAAAAGUGACAUAAUUGAACGCGCGCUCGAUUAAAUACCUAAUCGGAAAAAAAAACUAAUUAAUAUCAUGCUAUGGAAUAAAAACUCUCGUAUAUAAUACAUAUAAUAUCAAAUCGAUGCAACUGCACAUACUGCAGCAGCAGUGUAUAUAUAGUGCAGUAGUGGACCAAAAAGAAACCGGAAUGAUGUCUAUAGUAGUAAUUUAGACGUCCGAGGAGCAUAUAACAACAAAUUGUUCACGACUUCUUUAUACUCGUGUAACGACGACGUGACUAUACACGAUAAUAUUAUGUACAAAAAAAAAAUGAUAUAAAACCAAGACGCUGCGGUAGACGCACAGUACGACAUAUCGUCGGGGUGGGGCUAGCUAAAUUGUGUACUGCACUGAAGUUUUUAACGGUUGAAUGUACGGUUCUACUAGAAUUUUGUAAAAAUCUUAUUGGUUUUUCAAAUGCACAAAAUAUAACCGUCCAUCUUAUUUAUUGAAUAAGUCAGAAAUUACUCGAAGAAACUAAACUCGUAAAAAAAUAUAUGAUUUUGUUAAAUAUUUCUUACGUCGUUGUAAUCAAAAUACCUGUUCGUUCAAAAACCAAACUAAAUAAUUAAAUCAAUACAUAUAGGUAACUUUGCAGAUUUCUUCAUAUGUCAGCACUUUUAUACUAUUAUCAGUUUAUUUCAUUCGAAAUAUGAAUAGAUUUUAAAAUGUCCAUUUUGUUGUAGUUAUUAUACUUAAUGUGAGUAGUUUUAGUGUUUGAAACCAGGUAUUUAUUUUCUGUUGAAACUUCUGAAAGACACUACUCCUUGUCGCUACCGCAAAAUAUUAUGUUCGAAAUGUAACUUCAUUGGGAAAGAGAUUUGUAGGAGUGAACAGCGAUUAAAGAAAAUACCCUCCUUCCGCAAUUACGCGCUUUUAGAUUCAUAUGCAUUCCACCAGUAAAACAACAGGACUCUAUUAUUACCAGGUUUUAGCUCAUUCGGUCCGGAGAGAACUACUAGAAUAAGUGUCUUUAAUUAAUAGUGGAAUUGAGAUAUAUGAUAAUAUAUAGGUACCUAAUAUUGUAUGUACGAUCAACUUUGGAAAAAUUUAAAAAAAAAAAAAAAAAAAACCUAUCGAAAAUCGGAAAUUAACAAUAAGUCAUCACACUCUUUACGGAUUGUUCGUCGUUAAAACUAUAACACUAUUUGAUCGAGUUUUGAUAGUUGUAUUAUUAAAAAAAAAAAUUAAUGAUUUUUCAACUUGAUUCUGCAAUACCAAUAAUAAUGAAUACGUGUCGUUUUACAGGGUAACAUGCAUCCGUCUUUCCCGUACGAAAGCGGCCGUUCUCGAGGCGGAGAGUACGGUUCGGGCGUCGGCGGCGUCCGCGGACGGGGCGACGUGCUCGUCCAGUCGCACCCCGGCCUGGAAGACUCGCUGGUCCUGCACAAUGCCCUGUCCAGCGUGGUGGAAGAAGCUCAGGUGAAUACGCCGUUUUUGGUCAAUAAUAUUCUAAUAUAAUUAAUAAUUCACACGGUACACACCGCGGAGAAUUGGGAAAAAUAUCGUCAAAAAACGGUUUCGCGGUCGUGUUUAUACGCGUAGUAUUAACGAGCCCCGCGGGAGUGCUCGGGACACGCCCCCGCGAGAAAGGGUUGAACCGGUCGUUACCGCGGUCGAUUGCCGGUCGUGUUUAAAUGCAUAUAAUAUAUAGGUACGCAUAAUAAUAUAAUAAUACGUGUAAACCGCCCAACGGCGUCCGGAGGGUGGUGAAAAUCGUAAGAAAAAAAAACAACGUGUCGCAGCACCACGUCGUCAUUUCGAUACUUUUGCACCGUGUACGUAUAUAAUUGGCAUUUCGACGUGUGUUUUUUAAUAAUAACUUCCCCCUUUGCCCCCGUGUACAGUAUCGAGCGAAAUAAAAACGUGUCGUGUUCAUUUUUUUAAAUUUAUUUCAUCGUAUACGGUAGAUUAAGCUGUUAUCAUCGGUCCAGAUAUUAUAGACGAGCGGUUGUAAAGUCUUUACACCUUUUCUAUAUCCGCAAAAAUAAACAGACUGCAGUCUGAUAUCGUAUUAAUAUUCUGCGUUGAUAACAGGCGAAAACCGGAUGCCGCCGUUUCUAUUAAAACGUGCUUACCACGACGAAUGUCACUAAUGAUCAGAGUUCGGGACUAAUAGCGCAAACAUGGAUUUUAAAAACUCAUUAUAAGCCCUUUAGGUGUUAGAAUGAAAAUUUAAAAAAAAAAACCAAAAAACUAAUUUAAAAAAAAAUUUUGUUUGAAAAUAAAGCACUUUCUUAUUUUUUGAUUAGAAUUCUUGAAUCUUUUUACAACUACACUUGUAGUUUUAAUAACUAUGCUCGGUAUUGGCCUAUGCCUAGCUAUGCCCGAAAUGACAUCUAGAUAAAAUACCUAACAAAAACAAACAAGUACGCGUUGCAUAAUAUAACACAAAGGUAAAUUAUUUAAAAUUCAUAGAAGUGAAGAAAAAUCUGAGUGUUCUGCAGCGACUUACAAUAAAUAAAAACAAAGUAUAAAAUAUGCAAAAAAAAAAAAAAAAACGAUUAAAAUUGCAUACUUAAACAUUUUGUCUACUAUAUUAUACCCACGAUUGAAAUAUACCAGGUUAUUGCAUAUACGACCGUACGUUAUCAAAUCGAAAAACAUAAUGACGGGUUAAACUGUGUUGUACUGUUAUCACAUAGCCUCACCGUUAUGUGUAUUAUGUGAUACGUGCCCAGCCAUGUGGUUAUAUCGUUGUAAUUAUGAUGUUUAUUCGCGUUUCUAUAAACAGUCGACCCUCGAUAAUUUAAACCUUCGAUAAUUCCAAAUUUUCGGCGAUUCGAAGUAAACGCCUGUUCCCUUAGAAAAAUCUCACGGUAAUUCGAAUAAAAACAUCGCAUUUUUAAGUACACUCGGUAGUUCGUAGUAACAUUUUAGGGAAAACUACAGCCGCCAACACGCGACAAUUAGAAUUUUCAUCCGUUCAACGCUCGGCAAUUCGAACAUUUGUAUUCGUUAAAUGUAUUUUUGAUAAUCUUAUCGUUAAUAAUUUAAUUUGCCAUUACAUACGUUCAGCUUAUUAUUUCCGAUAGCCAUCGAAUUAUUGUAGUCGUAGGUACGAUGACGUUUAACACACAAUACGUUUGAUAGAAAAAAAAAAGAGCCAUAAAUAGUUGUGAUACUGCCGAAUUCGACGAAACAUUUAAUAAUUGUAACGAGUUUUUUUUUUUUUCAUUACUCGGUAAUUCAAAUUGUUUUUUUCGUCCUCCCGGUUAAUUCGAUAGUUUGCACACAAGUGCCGAGUGUCGAGUGUCGACUGUUUGUAUAUUACACGUGGGUUAUUACGCUGCGGGUUUUUUUUUUUAAUAAGUUGUUUUUUUUUAAUUUUAUAAUUUUAAAACGGUCGAAGGGGUGAGGAGGGGGGGGGGGUACUAGUUCAAAAGCCCGGCGUGUGUUCCGAUAUCAUGAUGAUGCCAUAACUGCCUAACUUUUAUUCGACAGUUUAUUAUUUUCCACCGACUUCCGACUCGGUCAAACGGACCGCGUCUACAUCCACGCGAACGAGUGCCCUCCCGCCCGGCGCCGACGUCGACGACGAAUGAUUGAUGAGUUAACGACCGCGCGCGAUCCGAUGAUGGUUUUUAAUUACACGCACAAAGCGAACGCGGCGCCGACCGCCGCGAUUUACCGUAGGAAUUUUCUCCCGAAUACGCAACACCGGCACCGCCACCAGAGUCCCCCGUGCGCUCGUUUGUAUUUUUAUCCCGUCUCGUCUACAUACAGCCUCUGUAACUGACCGUCGUUUCUUUUCGAGCAUUUUUUUUUUUUUUUUUAUUUCGUUCACUGAACGAGAACCCACUCGUACACGCACACCGACAGUACGCCGAAUUCCGUGAUUUUUAUGAUUCUCGUCGAAAUGUACAACUCUUCCUAGACGCUUAUUAUAAAAAUAAAUUCUAAAAUUGCGUAGUGUCGUACAGGAAAUUGGAUUUCCGUGACGCGUUUUUUUUUCAAAAGCCGAACAAUAAUUUCGUCCGCGUAAAACUGAAUAGAAACCUCGAGAAUUUCCAACGGCCGUAAGAAAAUGUCAAGUCUACGAAUAUUUUCAUUGAAUGGCAACAGAAAAAAAAAAAAAAAAUCGAAAAUAACAGAAAUCGAUCGGGGUUUUCGUAUUAGAACCCCGUGUUGUAUUUACUAAAACUUGUUAUUUCAACAUAUUUCAGUAUCUAAAUAAAUGGUUGAAAUACGAAAUGUAGUCUAUAUUAUGCGUUAUUAUACCGUUUUUGAAACGGGGUAUUCUCGACGGGAUAUGGUUCGCGGCCAAUUCGUUCGAAUCCCGUAAACCGAAAUUCCCCCCCCCCCCCAUCCGUCGAACCCGGUUUAUAACCGCCGCCUAGUGUUAUCGGGAUUCAAACGAACACGAAUAUACGAUAUCAAUUAUUAUAUUGUUAUUGGCAACGGACAAUUUGAUAGGUUUUCUAUACAUUAUACCGGGACACUCCUCCGCCGAAAACCUACCGGUAUUCUUGCGCACAGUGAAAAGUCAUUUAAACGUGUGUGUGUGUGUGUGUGUGUGUGUGCGCGCGCGCGCUCGCGUCGGACGGCUCCCGAGAUACGGCAGCGUUUUAAUUUUUUAUUUUUUUUUUAUUCUAAUCGGGCGUGCCCCGCAUAACUCGUUAUACGUACGUCCCCGAAAUAAUAAUAAUAUAAAAAAAAAAAAUAAUAAUAAUAAUAAUAAUAAUAAUAGACGCACACGUAGCCGCGUACCUAUACGGUAAUAUAAAUCCGAAAUACGCGUUUUGUGUUCCCCCCCCAUUCCUCCUCCCCGUAAGUGGCCUUUUGCGUUCGAUUUAUCUCCGGGCCGCCGCGAUCAAUAGUAAUUAUUUAUUAUCGACCUAACCUAUACAUAUGUAUAAAUAUAUAUACACGCGCGCGUAUCUCGUAGAUAUUAUAUUAUAAUAAUAAUAAAAAAAAAAAAAAAAAAAAUUAAAAAACGUUAUAUUAUAUAGUGUAUUAUACUAUACUUUUUACGAUAUUAUUUCGUGACGGCGUAUUAUAUUAUUAUAAUUAUUUACAAUGUUAUACAUAUAUAUGCGCGUGUGCGGACGCGAAGACGAUUCCGUUAAUAACGAUUUAAUAUACAUUAUAACGAUAAUCACGGUUGUUUUUUUUUUUUCGAUUUUUUCGUAUAACAUAACGAUACAAUAUCGUAUUAUACAGUGGCGAUCGUCGUCGUCGUUAUAAUGAAUAUUAUCGUGUACACGGGCGCACGAGGAGAAUAAUAUAAUAAUAUUAUAUUCCUUAUAAAUUAUAAUAUACGUACGCUCGCAAUCAAAGCGACCUGCAGUAGCCGUCGUCCGCGCAUGAUAUUAUGAAUACACGCUCUACCGGCAAACCGUGUAAUUAUUAUUAUAUUGGAUGUUACACGAAUACGAAUAUUUCGAUAUUACUGAAACGCUUAUUAUUAUUAUCUAUAGGCGCGCACACCGCGCGUAUUAUUAUUACGAUAUAUUUAUAUUUUAUUUCGUUUUUUUUUUUUUUUUUUUUUUUUUUCUUAACAGGAACACAACGUGGACGACAGCAGUUCGUUUAUGAACGAUUUGCCGCUACUGAAACGUGAGUACACCCACUGUACGUACAUAAUAUAAUUAUAACAAUAAUAACGAUAAUAUAAUUUAUAAUAAUCAGUGACGAGUUUUAUCUGCGAGACGGGGUGUUUAGAUACGUGCAUUUUUAAUCUUAUACAAUUACAUACCUCGUGUAUAGGCGAGAAAUAAUCCGUAAUAAAUAAUAAGUUUUCGUUCGUAACUCGCGUCGUUAUUAAUAAUAAAUGGGUAAAAUAUUAAUUGAUUUAUACCGUCUUAACGAACUAAAUAUUAAUUUAACAUUAUAAUAUUACGCGAAUCGCGCGGCUUUCGUGAAAUCUAAACGCGUAUCGAUUCCGGGGUACACUUUUACCGCCAUUAAUACUCUCUGUGAAUCUUGAUGAUUAUCAAUCUUAACUACAAUCUUGUUCAAUGCCUACGUUGUUUUUUGUUCUUCAAUCGUCACUCUUUCGGUUUAAAAACCAUAUCAAUGAUGUUCGGCGUGGGUAUAUUGACGUUUUGCAUUUCACUAUUACUACAAUUUCACAAUAUGAUUAAGAAUAUUCUCUCCGCGGAUGUCCUUCGCGGAAAUAUUCUCUAGAGAAUAUUAUAACAAUACAAACAAAUACGAGUAAUAUAUUUUAUUUUUUUUUAUUUUUUAUUAAAUCAUUUAUGCUACAAUAUUAUAUAUUUCGCAGUAAUAUUUAUGUGAAGAGGGCCUAUUUUCGAGUUCAUCGAAUUUGGGCCCCGGGGCCCACUGCAGAACCCGUACUCGAGAACGCCUCCGAGAUUUGUAUACGAACACGCGUGGCGACGGCGACGACGUCAUUUUCACCAGGACAUUCGAUUAUGUUUUUCGAUUAUGCGUCCCGAAUCAUUUCGCUUACACUCGAUUAUCGUUUUCGCGCCGAAUAUUCCGAUUAUAUUAUUAAUAGUAAUAAUUUUCCCUCUUCGGAUGUUUUUUUUUUUUUUUUCUGGGGGGCGUGAGUAUAUUUCCGCGCGGCGCAGCUCCUCGGAGGUGGAAAAUCGCGCCGCCCGUUGUCCCCUCGUGGUUAUCCGUCGCUGAUUGGCCGGCCGGCGGGGCCAAUAACGGGGGAGGGGGGAGGAAAAAAAAAUAAUACCGAAAUACAUAUCGAAAAAGUUCGACGUCCCGCUGACGUCGCUCAGCCGCCGUCGAGGGUCCUUUGGCCGCCGCCGGCCCCCGGGGCCCGAGGUUCCCAGGUGCUCGGUGCGCGCGAUUUUCGACUCGGCCGAACCCAUUCGGAUACAAUAAUUAUUAUUAUUUCGUUAAAACCGAUAACGCGCCAUCUCGAGAACACAUAAUACGAUUAUGAUAUAGUAAUAAUAAUAAUAAUAAUAAUAUUAGCGCUAUAGACGCCGCCGCCGUGUUCCGGUCGGAUGAUUACUUUUAUAAUAAAUCUGUAUGCAUUUUUAUUUUAUUUCCCCCCCCCCCGCGACUUUACAGGCUAACCGGGCGCCCUCGGGGCUGCGGCGGCGGCCGGUUUCCCGCUCAUAUAUUAUAACGAACGUUCGGUUUUCCGAGAGAAUGAAAAAAAAAAAAAUAAUAAUAAUAAUAAUAAUAGCACUCGUACGAAAAUCGACAGACUCGCGGCGGGAACGGGGCUCGUCGUCUGGAACGUGAUUUCGUGAUCGUUACGUUUACGCGUGUGCGGACGGCGGCGGCGGCGGCGGUUAUUUUCACCGCGCGUUAUUAUUGCGCCGCGUCCCCUCGAUAAUGAACGCCGGAGUCUCGUCGGAUGUUCCGCGGCGACCGCGACUUCUCGAAUAAUCACGUAUUCCGAAUAUCCGCGAACGGCGCCGUUAAUUCCGGUAGCGCAUGCACGGUGUAUAACGAUAACGCGCUCUCGUAACAACCGAAAUAAUGGCGGCGCGCGCGCGUCCGCGAGUGCGCGUACGGUCGUUUUAUUCGCGUCGCGAAGAACACGCGGCGCGAGAGCCGACGGUACGCGACAAUAAUAAUGACGAUCAUUGCGACCCACUGUCGUUUACGGUAUCCGUUUGUGGCGCGCCGCCGCCAGUGUGCGUCGAAUGCGUAUUUAUAUCCCGUCCCCCGUGCCGCCGCCCGCAUUUUUUCUCCCGCGCGUUGUUCCGGCGCAACACGGAGACCCGCACGACCAUAAUUGUAAUUACGUCAAUUAUCAUAAAAUUUCGCGCUGUACGCUCGCAAACUGUGUGACGGUGUUGACGUACGACCGCAGUGCAGUCGACACCGCGGGUCGCGAAAAUCGAAACGCGUUCGCAGGUUACACGUCCCCGUUGGACAAUUAAAUAAACUGGCCGCUCAGAACGCGCGUUCCCGUAAUUCGGUUUGCGAGCCGCUACAGUUAAUGGACGGUGUAUCGUAUUUCGCCCCGCGAUAAAUAUUAUCGUGUAAUCCUCGCAAUACUGCAAUUCAAUAGUGCACGCUAUGGCCCGUGUCACACUUUGCGGAUCGCCCGACUUCGGACCGAACAAAACUAUAAAAUAUAGUAUAGUACUUCGGACUUUGGGCAACGAAACGCCCGACAAUUCGGGUAUUGUCCGGUUACGCAAUACAAUAUUACAAUGUAAAAUUGGUCGCUACGCGUUUGCUGUCAAUAUAUAAUAAUAAUUUGUGUAACUCUCGUGUAACGCCUGUGAGCGCAUAGCGAUGGUGUUAAAUACUAUUAAUAUAUUGUUAGGAUUUUGGAGCGAAAUAAGUGCCCCCCCCCCAUAAACUUCAGUCAAAUACGCCCCUGGUAUACACUAUAUUAUUAUUGUAUCGUUUCGGGGAACAAACAUUGUAUUGUAUUUUACACGACGUCUUUGGGUCUUGGGCGCGCGCCCAGCGAUGUUUGCCUGGGCGGUGUUUUUAUUAUUUUUAUAAUAUUAUAGGUUUUUUUUCUCCUCCCGAUUUCCGCUUCCCGCCGCGUUUUCACGCCUCGACCUAUUGUGGUGCGCGUGGACUCUCUGUGUGUGUGUAUUUUUUUUUCGGUCUUCUAUUUGAAGGGGGAGGGGGUGCCCGGGAAGGGCGUCUACCGGUAACGGCCCCGGAAAAACACCACGACGACGGCAACGUACACGUAUGUAUACGGCUAAUUUGGGGUGUGCCGUAUGUGUAGUACACGAACAUCUGUUGUAUUCGCGAAUUUUUACUUGUGCGCUUUCCAUUGUUACUCGCGUAAAAAACAACACACGAAAAAAAAAUAGUCGCUCGCCCUUUACGCGCAACAGUAUAUUAUGUGAACCGGCCGCGAAAAGGCGGAUUUCGACGCGGUGAUUAUGUAUAAUGCAUAUUAUAAUAAUAUUAUUUAUACAGUCGAAGCGGACGUGUCCCCGUGUUCGAUUAUACGCCGAUCGAUUAUUAUUAUUAUUAUUAUUGUUAUUAGUAGUAGUAGUACCUAUAGAGUUUAAUUGUCACCUCCGGCCGAAACGGGGGAAAAAAUGGCUAAAUGUUCGAACGGUUAUAGGCAAACGAACGAUCGCACGUACCGAAUCCCCCGUCGUAAUUGUCGAUUUUAAGUCAAAGUUCCUCUGCCGUCUGGUGAAAAGGAUUUCUAGCUCGUCACCGCAAAAUUCUCAGUUUGAGUAUACUAUAAUAAAGUGCACACGCGGCCGAUCAAAUUUCUGACGCGAACAAACCGUCCUAUCAAUACGGAACUCUGCGCCUAUACAAACGCUCAGUUCGCUGUAUUUUAUAUAACACGUUUUUCUAUCGCAAUAUAGCUAUAUAGCUAGGCUAGGGUUUUUAACGCGAACGUUUAAAAAAAUCAAAUCACUAUAAUGACGAUAUUUCCAUGUUUUAUGUGUUAUAGGUAUGUCCACGACGCCGUCGGACGUGUUUUGCAGCGUACCCGGUCGGUUGUCGUUGCUCAGCUCCACGUCCAAGUACAAAGUGACCGUCGGCGAAGUCCAACGCAGGCUAUCGCCUCCGGAAUGUUUGAACGCGUCUCUGUUAGGCGGCGUGCUCAGAAGGUAAAGAACGAUUUCAUUUCUUUCCCCUUGCUCCCUGCUGUUUCCCCCCCCCCACGAAAAUUGUUGUGCGCAUAGCCGCGACCCGUUCGGCUUGUAACGUGUUUUUUUCGUAAUAUAAUAACGAAUUUAACGAAUAUAAUAUACGAAAACACACGAAAAAACGUGACCGACUAAUCGGCCGCUAUACAGCUACUGCCGCAGCAGCAGUUUAGCAUUAAUACGCAUAUAGAUUGGGCAAAAAGUGAAAACGACCGGCCACAUUAUUUUCAGAAUAAUUUCGAGUAAAACACGAUUGCAAAUAGGCCGGUAAAAUUGUAUACUUCCGCGGUGCACGACUAUAUAGAUUUAAACCGCUAAAAAAUCGACUGGAUCGAUUACAAUAUCUCAUAAAAUCGCGCUGUGAAUUAAAAAACGUGUUGCAUUUUACGAGCUCAGUGACCCCCGGAUGAAGGGAUAUUGACUCGUAUAAAAAAAAAAAAAAAUUAUAUUAUAAUUUUACAAGUACAAAAUGCGUUAAAUAAUAUACAAAUGCGAAUACGACGGCGUGUAGGUCAUUUAUUAUUAUUUUUUUUUUUUAAUAUCAUAAACAACGUUUUUUUUUUAUUAAUUUUAUUAAACGUAAUAAAUUCUUUAAGAUCUUUAAGAUUUACGAUCGGUUUUAAAUACGAUCCCCAUACGCGACGGUGGCGGUGGAGAAUGAGCUUUCCAUAUUAUAAUACUCAGCGCGUCACCAGAAAACACUUGUUGUAUGGCACUGUGAUAUAAACACUAAAAUAAAACCACGCGGUACACCCUAAAAAUUCACUUAACGCGUUUUUAUAAUACCUACUUGUAUAAUAUAUAUCAUAUAACAGAUAGGUAAAUAUAAAUUUCUUAAAUCGUAAAAAAAAAAAACUCAAAACCUUUAUUUCGCGGUUUUAACGACGGUCGUUGAGGUUUUUUUUUAAUCAUUUUACGCCUAUGAGACACGGGUAUAUACUUACAAAUUUAUAGUCUACUAUAUACCUCUAUUAUAUAGUUGUCCUACGCGUGUCGAGACGAACAGAAUACGCGCAAUAAAAAAAAUAAUAAUCGCCGGGAAGUGAAUACCACUGGGCGAGAUAGCGAGAGCUUUCGUUUAAGGGCUAAAACGAUAAAAUGUUUUCGUUUCUGUUUGUUUUAAUAUUGAAACUCGAGUGUAAUGCCGCUAAAUUUAAGCGAAAAUAAUCAUCGGCUAUAAACUGUCAAAUAUCAAAACUUAUAGUUUUGUAAAAAUUUACCAAAUCGAAUUUGAUAUUGAUUCUUGAUAGGAAAUCGACGGGAAAAAUCGAUUGAUGCUGUCAGAAUCAAUCAACGCGAGCGUGUUCCGCGGAAAAAUGCGGAGACUGAAAAUCUAAAAAUUACAUUUUUGCACAUGUGACAUCUAUAGACAUCUAUUGCUGAUGGUCAUUUGAAACGUUCCAUUUAAUUCGUAGACAAAAACGUGCGUAUAGUGAUGGUCCUCCCGCAGGUCGCAGGAUAUUCUACAUUACACGAAGUAUUUACUAUUGUGUUGAAAACUGGUUUACUGCGCAUUAUACACUCGAAUGGAAACGAAACAAAUUCGUAAUAAUGUAUUAUUAAUAUAUAAAUUAAUUAAUUAAUUAAUGCGUCGUCUGGAGAAUUAUGGUAUGUGUAUUGUACGCGACCGGUUUCCAAUUAAAUUUAAUCAUCAGGUAAAAUCGCACGCUCAAAAAUUAAAACGUGACUGAAAAUGAAAAAUAAAUGACAGAAUACAUAGAGAGAAAAAAAUUGUACAAAUUGGUCGUUUUACGUAGAAAUAAUUUACUUUAACAGGAGUAGCGAUUAUUUAAAAUGAGUUAUUAUUAGGCACAGACAUGUUAAGAAAUAUAAAUUAUUUGGUCAUUAUUUAUCAUCCAAAAUGUAUUGAUAUAAGAUAUUAUUUUUAAAAUCGGUUUUUACAUUUAAAAUAUUGAUAAAUUAUUUUUCUUUAUUUCGUUGUGUAUGUGUAAUUAUUUUUCUAUAACCGAAUUAAUGUAAAUGUUAUUUUAUGUAUUUAUAUGUCUAAAGGUCUGUAUUAACAUCAAAACUUAUGCUAUGGUUAUUUUCUAAAACAUGUUUAGCGAAAUUUGAAUAACCAUUUAAUGUAAUUUUGUUUUUACUUUAUUAUUCUAUUAAUAUAUUAUGAUGAUAUACCAUCACGUGUACCACUAAAACCGAAAUACAAAUAACAACUUGUAUUAAUUCCAGCGUAAUUUAUAACGAAAAGAUUCACGAUUUUCAAUAAUUUUUUUAAUUUCUGUAUAAUUUAUAUACGCAACAAUAUAAUACAGCAGUUAAAAAUAUCAAUAUAAUAUAAAAUGCAUUAUAUAGGGCGCCGGACUUUAAAUAUUCUGUCGAAAAAACAUUGGGAACACCGCUGCUAUUGCCCGUGUUUAAAAAACAUAGAACGGCUUAUUAUUUCCGUAAAGGUAACAUUUUAAUAAACCCUAAUAUGGAAAGUAUAAUUAUUCAAAUUUAAUGUAUCAAAGAACUAACCGUGGGGAGACGCCUCGUGAAAAAAUUUCGAUUCUUAUCCUAAUGAAUGACAUCGGCGACACGUGCGUUCAGAACGUAUCGUAACACGUUUUUAUAUUUAUUCCAUUUUGUUUUACUGACCGUGCGCUCAUAAAUAUUCAUUUACCAGCGCGGUGAGUAUAGAAUGGGCCGAAAUUCGACUGGUUUUUUGUUCAUUCAUAAUAAUAUAAUAUUUAUCUCACCGUGAUGAAUGAAAAUUGAAUAUAUUAAUAUGUUCAAUCCCGCGCUCGAAAAUGUUACGAGCAUGUAUUCAAUUCUCUUUCCUACAAUAUACUCCUGUAAAUAUUAAUACGGAUCAUCUAUACUGUUUGGCUUUUCUGCACGAAAUUGCGCCCGAAAUUCCCCGUGUUUUCCGUAAAACCUAUAACUAAGGAAAAUUAUUAUGAUCUAAUUUAUUUAUUAUUAUUAUUUUUUUUUUCAGGGCGAAAUCCAAAAACGGCGGUCGACUGUUGCGCGAAAAGCUCGAAAAGAUCGGUCUCAACCUGCCCGCCGGACGGAGAAAGGCCGCGAACGUAACGCUCCUCACGUCGCUCGUCGAAGGUACGUGGUUUUUGUUUUUCUUAUAAUACAAAAGGUUUUAGUGUAUGUUUUUGUUGCCAAUGCAAAUAAGAAAUCAAGAAAGAUGAAAAAAAAAAAAACGAAUUUAGGGGAUAAACUAUAUUGAAAAUGUCGAUAAAUUGUUUUGCAUAAGAAAUUUAAACGGAAAUUUCGCAUCUUUUAUUAAACUACGCGAAAAAAUCGGAGCAUUUAAAACUGAUUAGAGAAAAAAAAAAACCGAAAUAUAAAAGCGAUUUUUUUGAAAACUUGUUGGAAAUUUCGAAAAAUCUACGAUUAAUCAGCGUCUUUUGAGGUACGGCAUAAACGAAAAAAAUCUCAGUAUUUUUAUACUUGGCAUGAAAUCGAGCAGAGUCCAAUGGACCUCUAUAUCGUGUUUACACAAUGGUUUCAAAUACAUAAUUUGUCAGUGUUUUAAUACAGAUAAAUAAAGGUAAAAACAUGCUCAUUUUUACUGAGUUUUCUGUUCAACCCGGAUUUUUUACUCCCCUAUAGUUUCGUUUAAAUAAUUUCGUCUUUGUACCCUACACUUUUCUUGGUUCUUGGUUUUGUUAUCUGAUCUACUUGUCGCGUCAAUCGUCGCCGGGGCUUGAGGCGAUGUGAAUCCGGGCGUAUAUAGCGUUGAUAACAAGACUCGAGAGUUCACCGAUGCGAAAUUCGAAAUCGCUUUUCUCGCUCAUGUCGAACAUUUAUAUUGCUUUUUCAAAACACGUUUUCAAUAAUAAUUUCGGCGCGCAUCAAGCAGCUUUUCCAACGCUACAGUUUCGAGCCCGCGAACCCUGCGAACCGCUUAUAGUACGACCCGCGUCGACGUUUGCGCACAGCUCUUCGUCAAGUGGCCGUCGCGGCGCGCCCGCGACAAAUAUCCCCGCGACCACACGAACACGGCGCGACGCGCUGACGCCGGUGCCGUGUGACGUCACGCGCCGCGGCGGCCGUCGCUGCCGUCUCGUCACACGGACGCCGGCAAGCGAACAACGGUGUUCCGGCGGGAAACGCGUUACGCCGGCGGCCCCGCGGACACUUGCGGCAUGGAUGUUUCGCGUGUUUCCCGCGCCGGUGCACAGUGUACAAUACUAUAAUAUCGCGUAAUAUAAUAACGUGUACGGCGUGUAAGAACGUGCCCCGUCCGAGCGCGCGUAAUUAGCGUUUGCGGUCGUCCGUUUCGCUCGCGCCGUCGUCACGCGCCCCGGCCGUCGACGCCGAGCGGCCGGAUUUUUCUCGCGCCCGGAAUUCCGCGGUCCGCGGACAAUCGAAUCCGCCUGGAAACGCACGCACUCGUACUAUGCGCGUGUGCGCGCGCAUUCCGUAAAUCUCCCGUUCUUUAUUUUUCACGGGGGUCACCGGCCGUCACUAUGCGUCUGCAGGACCGUCCCGUCGCACCACCGCCCGUCCUCGCGACUUCUACCCGCGCCAGCCGCUCCGUUCAGCCGCUCGGGGGGACAAACCGUUUGCGGAUCCCGCGCCACGUCUCCGCCGGACCUGUAGGCGUUUUAUUUCGAGUUCUCUCUUCCGUUGCCCCGCGUGAAAAUCGUUUCUGACUCCCUUCCGAACGCGAUCUGCCCGCCGUAACGUUCCACCGUACACUGGACUGUAACGCCAUGAUGAUAAUACGUUAUUUGUGUUGCUGGAAAGGCGUCUUCCCAACUGUAACCCGCGGAGACGCGGCGCGCGAGCGAUCGGACCGUUUUCACUGACCGGAAGGCGGGAGGGGCGGUGUAACAAUCGCGCGCGCCUUUGUAAACCUAAUAGCUUCUUAUUCGCUAUAUUAUACGCGCUCGUGUACUAUCUCGAGUAGAAAUAUUCAGAAAAUUUCAAGGUGGCGGCGGGGCGGAGAGGAAUGAAUGGUGGGAGGGGGGAGAGGAGGGAAUGUUCGAACGAAAAUCGCCCGUCUCGCGUAUCGUCUAGGCACGCGUAUUAUAUUACAAUCUGACUCGUCGUCGUCGUCGUGAUUGACUCGUUACCCUCGACGCAUUCUGCGUAGAAAAAAAAAAAAAAAUCCGCGGAGGAAUAAAACGUAUCGCGGACAAUCGGGACGUGAAGGCGCAAGUGGCCGGCGGCAGUGGCGGUGUACCGCGGGAUAUUAACGCGGGUUUUGCAUCGCAUUGCAUAUUCAACGGUGUCCAGCGCUCGGGUCGCGCGACAACAGGUGUCGGCGUCGGCGAAUAAGAAACGGUUUUGCGCGGUUGAUUUACGGCCGGACGACGGGGCCGCAACAAUGGGUCUCGGCGGCGUCGCGAGGUGUAAAAGUAAAAAAUAUAAAUAGCCGGGGGAAAAAAUAAAAAAAAAAAACCAAAUAGAAUGAAAAAAAAAAAAAAAAAAAAACAAACCCGCGGGGGAAAAAAAAGGCGACUGCGCGCGCGUGAAUAUUGUUAUAUUAUACAGAUAGGCAUUAUAGCGGUGGAUGAAGUAGAUUCAACUGCGAUCGCAAUCGCCGCGCGCGAGCAUAUAACGUAUACCUAUACUCGUACGAUAAUAUAAUAAUAUUAUAAUAUCGCGCCCGUACGCGUUUUAAUCGACACGCGCGUGUACCGCGGUCACUCGUCUUUCAGAGACUUGUCGAAAAAAUUGAAAAAUAAAAAACAACCGUUUUUAUACGGUAAAAUCGCGUACGUUUGUGUUUGCACCUCAUCAUAGCUGGCUGUCCCGCGCGGCGUUGCCGGUCACAAAUUGGUAAAUUCGCCUGGGUGGCGCUAGCGCAUCACUUCCACUGUUUCCCCCACUUUCGCCGUAACCCUCUUCCGACCGUCAACCAAAUGCGCAUAUUCUGUCUUUAAUAAUGCUACUGGAAAUCUCUAGAGCUAUGUAUAAUUAUACUCGUCCGAUUUCGGCGAAACGUAUAGUGGAUAUCAUAGUAACCUUCCGGCGGUGAUGAAGAAUCAAAAACGAAAGAAAAUACGCGGACAGAGACGGUUCGGGCUUGACGUGAGAAGAGUGGCGACAGGAAUCAGAAGCUGUAAGAAUGAUAGUGAAAAUAAACGUAGGGGGAAAUAGAGGAAUACCGAAAAGAUUUGGUGGGGUGUGAUUGAGAAUGAUACGAGGACAACAGUCAAUAUACGGAGUCAGAGAUGGAGUCGAGCGGGAGUUUACGACGAGGGCGGCCCGACCUCGAACAAUUUCCGGGAUAAAGGCGGAGGAGGAAAAGAAGAGAAAAAUCGUCGAAUUCGGUCGAUAAGUAAUUGUUACGUGAUUUUCGCUAACAACCGUUUGUUGUAUAUUUCUCGAGUACGCAUAAUAUUUAUUCGACAGAUUUUCAUAACAAAAAAAAAAAAAAAAUUGCACGCGAUAACAGCCGGCUGUUACCGUAGUUUCAUUUGUUUCGAGCGUACGAAUAGGCCGUGAAAACCGUUGGCCGGGCACACACGAUGCACCGUGUUAUGUUCACGCGACUAUAUUAUAAUAGCAGGUACAGGAUAUUCGGGUUCGGGCGGCCGCAGAGAAUCAAAUGCGUUUUAAAAAUAAAAAUCGCGCCGAUGUCCGCAGUUAAUAAAGCGCGCGCAGUGUAUAACGUAAUAUUACUACGAAAACACAAAAAAAAAAAAAAAAAAAAAAAAAAAAAAAACAAUAAUAAAUAAAUGAUAAUCACGGGUUUGGGUGCGCAUCACGCAGACCAGCGCGCGUUAGGAGCUCAUUGUGCGUACUUACGGACGCGCUUUGCGACACGCCUCGCCGCUCAUUGUUAUUCCCGGGUGUACCCGCUAAUAAUAACAAUCAUAAUAAUAUGUAACGACGGUAGUUAACGAACGUUUAAAAUGGUAUUUAUUCUUCGGAAGUCGUCGUUUUGUCGCCGGGCGCACGCACGUCCGCAGUCGACCGAGACCGCGGGUCGCGUGCGCCCGUUUUUUGCGCACGGUUUUUUUUUUUUUUUUUUUCUAUUCGCUCCGUCCCGAAAUAAUAUCGACUCGAUCUACCGCGUCGUAUUUUUCAUUGUCUAGUGUAGCGGGGCGUCGGUUCGAUUUUUUAUUUUUUAUCGCUGGUGCCAAAGUGUUCGCAUGGCCGUUUCAAAUCGUUACCAGGCCACGAUUGUGGAUACCUUUUUUUUUUCUUCUUCUUCUUUUGCCUUCUCUGCCAAUUAUACGCGGUUGACCACCAAUUGUUUCCUACACGUCCAUAGUGAUCUUAAAUACUAACUCAAUAUAUGUAUAGAUAUGUCGGAGCUUAUAUUUUAUUUGGCAGGCCAAAGAAGACGUUUUAAAAACAGUUGAUGCGAAUGCACACCCUGCACCCCAAACGACGUCCCUGCUCUCGUUUCUGCUCUAUUUUUUUUUUUUUUUUUGUCUGCCGUCUGCGACUUUAUCUUAUACAACACGGUCCCGCGGUCUCGCCCACGAGUGAAAAAAACGACUUCAUAGGCGACCGAUGUACAUGCGGUAUUGGAGUACCGAAAGAAGAAACUCGGCAGCCGUACGCCGGUAGAGGACGAAUUACACCGAUUGACCCGUGAAAUGACGUAGAAAUGACGUUGAAAUUAGUUUCGAAUAUUUGUUCGUGCCAUCACAUACUGUGCGCGUAUUCAUCACACAAUUCACGACACACACGAAUUGUGUUUCAUGGGUUGAUCGAUAACAUUUUUUUCCGGAUUUACUCGGUAAAUCGGUCACCGUCUGAUCGAAUCGUCUGUAACCGUGUCUCAGUAUCGUACAGCACAGUUCUCAAUCGUGUCUCCGGUCCGCAUCUACUUUUCGAUCUUUCUCUCCUUCCCAUCCUCUCGCGUUUCGCGUCCAUUCGUAACGUCUUAUUAACUGCCAGUCACGCCGGUCCGUUUUGUGCAUUUUCACCGGUGCUGUUAUACAUACACGAGUAUGCAUACGCACGGUGGUGUUCUGCGUUGGCCGCCCCGUACGUUCGCCGAAAAGACGGUCUCAGCGCGCGGCAGUUUUCGCGGUAUUAGCGCGUUCGAAAAAGAAAACCGAAAAAACCACGUCGUCGUACAGUAAAUAAUUGACGGAAAUCGCGUAUAAUAUCUCGCCGUGCGAAAAUUACGAUCUCGCGCGUCUCCCGUCGGUGGCCGCGACGCGUUUUUUAUUAUUAUUAUCUAUAAACGAAUGAUAAUACGUAUCGUGUAGUGCCGUGUCGAUCGAUGGCCGCCGAUCUGAUUUCCCGUUACGAUAGAAUUAUUAACCUACUUUUUUGUCGCAGCCUCCGCUAAUAAUAAUAAUAAUGAUAUUAUUAUUAUUAUUAUAAUCUACGCGCUCGACCUCGGCGGCGCGUUAUCAUUAUCAUUAUUAUUGUUAUUUCGAUACACAUAUUUUAUAUAAUCUCCCCGCGCGCGCGCGCAAAUAUUGUAUGCGAUAUAUUUUAUACGAAUACGAUUAAGAUUAUUAUUAUUAUUAUUAUUAUUAUUAUUGUUGUUGUUGUUGUUGUUAAUUUAACAAUAUACAUAUAUAAAUAAUAUUAUAUUGUGCGAGAUAGACGCGAUGUUGUGUUAUACAGGUGUAGAUAGGUUAGACGACGACGGUGGGAGUAUCGACGGCUAUAUGGACCGCGGCGGUGCGGCUGCCGGCUGAGAUCGAAAUUAGAAUACAUUUUUUUUUUUUUUUUUCGGGUCGUUAUCCGUACGCGCAUUAUUAUUAGGUAUUAUUAUUAUUCUCUUUUUUUUUUUUUUCUAGAACAAUAGCAAACCGCACACAGAAUAGAAAGCCGCGAGAAUAUAUAUGUAUAUUUCUUUUAUUUUAUUUUUUUUUUUUUUAUUAUUAUUCACACACACACACACACACACACACUGCAGUUCGAUAUACAUAGAUAUAUACCUUGGGCUUUUUAAUACACAUUAUAUUAUUAUUAUCGUCGUCGAGAAUCCGAUUUGUGUAGGUAUACGCGCAUACAUAAAAGAUAUUAUAUAUACGAGCGCAUUGCGCAAGAACAAACUAUAAACCGCAUUGUUUUGACCAAUGGCGGGAAAUUCGUCACGGAUUACGCGCUUUCCGAACGCCGCCCCUCGGUGGCCCUCUCCCGUCUCCGUUCCUCUCGCGUACUUACCAUUAUAGAUAUAUGAAAAAAAAAAAGAAAGAAUAGUUUUACUACCGCACAAACGCUGUUCGCUUAUUAUUAUCAUUAUUAUUGCAGUUAUUGUGAUCGACGCGUAUUAUUAUCAUUAUUCAACAUUUACAGGCGAUGGUAUUUGCACUGAUAAUUAUUAUUACCGCGUUGGUAGCCCUACCCCUCACGUCCGGAUUGAUAACACAUCACGGCCACCCCUUGAUUGAUAACGACACUUUUAUUCGUACACUUCCAGUACCGUGGUCUUGUGUUAUUAUAUUUCGGUCGAAAAACCGCCGAUCGAUCACAUUAUUAUUAACGGUAUCGAUCCAUUCUCUCGACCUUCCGUCGCACUAUACGUACACCAUCGGUGUAUCGGAUCGAACGCAGUGAUGCCUCGUGAAAUCGAAAGAGAAAAAAAAACAGUUCCGGGAUGUUGGUGUAUUAAAUAGCGCCUAGUUUGAUUUUUUUUUUUUUUUUCCGAUAACCGAUAUAAUUAUACCUGAUAUUCGAAACUGACAACCGUGAGCCGUUUUUGAAAUCGUGUAACUCCCAAUAAAUAUUGAUCGAUUGAAAACGGUUUUAGUCGGGAACACUUUUUAUCGUAUCUUCCAACGAUAUUAGACGUUUUUCUCCAAAAGUGUUAUGUGGAUCGGCUAAAAAAAGGUUUUUGACGAAUCACCGAGGAUAUCCGUACACAAUGCAGUAAAACUUUCAUACAAGGGCACGGGAAAAAAUGAUCGCUGUUUAGAUGCGACCGUCCUUCGGAGGUGUCCCGUAGACGCGUACCGCUUGACGGGGCCAAAAAACACGGGGCGAGCAACGUAAACGCGCAACGGCACUUACCAUCUCGCGGAAAGUAUUUUUCCGGAAUAUUUGAUUGAAUUUUUUUUUUUGAUUUUCAAACGAAGACCCACGCACGCCGCACGAUUACUCACGUCGAACCGGUCCGCGAACCGCAGACGAAGUUUCCGGGCUCCGGCGUCGGCAAUUUCCGGGGGGAUUCCGAUCAACGGCCGCGCUGUAAACAACGCGUAUUGCCGCCGCCGCGAACAUUAUGGACCGCCGGCCGACCGGGGUCCGCUCCCCCCCUCCCCCCGGCAGCGCGCCGACGGAUUUCCAGUUCCGGCCGGGCGGCGCGGCCCGCGGUGAAAACGGCACUUGUUCGCGCGAGCCAAUUAAUUCCCGGCGUGUAACGCCGCGUUAGGCGUAUUUUCUCGGUUCGUUUUUCGGCGGGCACCGCGCCUGCCGUGCCGGUCGCCGCGCGCGCCCACACCGUGCCGCGGGGUCGCGCGGCGCGCGUGAGAAAACGCGCCGCGCGGCAGACACGCCGCAAGCGGCCGCGAAAAACCGGAAAUUCCGGACGCGGACGCGCGCCGCGCGCCGUAGCGGUACCGGUGUGUGUUGCACGCGGGUCGUACGAGCGUUAUCAAUGAGAGCCGGCGCGUGUGCGUGCAUGCGCACACGCCCACGACCGGUAUACUACCGCCCGUGUACGUACACAUUAUGUACACGUGUUAUAGUGCGCGGGCUAUGUGCCCGGUUUUUAGGGUCACCCGCCGCAAUUUGACCUCCCGCAGCAGGCGCGCAACGUGUCCCACGGCCGUAUAAUACAACUUUCGGCCUCCGGGUCUCCCGCGUCGGAUUUCACUCGGUCCGCUAUUUUAUCGUUAUUAUUUUCGAUUUUUUUUUUUUUUUCGAAAUUCUUAGAGUAUAUUACAAUGUUAUGGCGAUAGCGAGGAAUGCGUCAGAGGGGGGGGGGCGGCUGUGACGAUGUACGUCGCGUUGUGACGGUAGCGAGUUUUUUUCUGUAAAGUCGCGGCGGCGUUUACGGGCGGACGUCGUUUUUUUCGAGUUUCUCUGUACAGCUUACCGAAUAACGGCGGAGAACCGAGAAAAACCUGCGGGACGACCGGAAUAUUCACACGAUAAUACGGUUUCCGGUAGUUGUCUUUUUUAGUAACUAUCAAUAAAAAUGACACGUUUCCAAAAACUUCCCGGGAGAACAGUAUACUCAGUACCCGUAAAUAGGAAUCAGAAUUCUGUCGAGACAACAGCGUUAUCCGUGUUUGUACGUUGGAUUUUUUGCAAGAUCACAAGCACAAUCGUUUUUAUUAACAAUAUCGAUUUCUUUUUUUUUAAUAGUUUUCUAAGGAUUUCACAAAUUGAUUGAGUUGAAGUAGGUAAACACUGACAUACAAACACAGAUCGUAGUAAAGACUUGCAAUUAGCACCGAAUAGUUGUCAAAAUGAAUACAAUAUGGUGAUUUGAAACGCAAAUUGAUCCACACGUGUUUAACCGGACCGCGCUCAGAAUCGUAUUUCGUUUCGCGAUAUUUUAUCGUUGCAGCGUGCGGAUAUGAACGCCAUAUUAUAACGCCCCCUAAUAUUUAUCUUAACCAUCCACACUUUUCCUCGCCCACGACGACGCUGGCUCGCCCGUUAUGUAUACGUCCAGUUAUUUAUUAUCGCUAUUUUUUUAAAUUUAAUUUCGUUUUUUUUUUUCCGCCUUUCCUUUACAACUCCUGUCCGCUGCGACGUUACCGUGUUUAUCGCACCGGGCCCCGAAAAAAUGCCGUCAAACGCGGCGCCGCGCCCCCGAAUUUGUACGCAAAUAAUAAUAUUAAAGUUAUACGACCGAUUAAAAUAUAAUGUUUACGAGUAUAUUACGAGACUGUUUCGGUGUUUUUUUUUUUUUUUUUUAAUUUUUUUUAUUCGCGCAUAAAUCAUACAAUCGCGUAUAAUAAUAUUAUAGUUUACGAUUAUAUGCCGGUCACGGUCCGUAUUAUUAUUAUUUUCGUUCGGUUUCUCCGCCGCUCCCUGUGCGCGGACUCGAAAAAAAAAAACGGUACCGCGGACGUGUCGCCGCAACCGCGUUAUCUCGCCUCGUUAACAUAAAUAAAUAAAAAAAAAAAAAACAAACUACUUGGCGAAUUGUUGUUAUUACUCCGUCCGUAUGUAACCGCGGUGCGCCAAUUAUUGUCGUCCGGAAACGGUUUUUCCGCGAACCCGAAUAACGUCACGUCCGGCAUUUGGUCGAAUAUUAAUUUAUUUUAAAUAUUCACGUAUUUAAUAUCGUUAAAAAAAAAAAAAAAAACUUUCUUUCUAGUAAAAUUUACUGAGACGCGUAUUAAUAGAUACGUGAUAAUUUUCAUAUAUAACGAGUAUAAAAACGGUAAAUUAUUAUUUUUUCUGUUUCGUCACUUGCGAUACUCGCCACGCGAUACUGCCACCUUAUAAAAGUGAAUUAUUCCAACAUCUUCGAGUCGAUACAUAUUCGUUAUUUUUCUCAACAAAAAAUUGCUCGAAUCGCCUACACGUGACCCCUUAAAUAUUGGGACUGUGUAGUCAUAUUUUAUUUUUAUUUUUAAUAAUCGCCAUGAUAUGUGCACACGUCGUGGUGCGCGUUUAUUAUUGUUUACUAUCCCCGAGAAACCAGUUCCGCGCACAAUAUUAUUAUAAUCACACGUUCUCUCCUAUAUGGCCGAUGCGUAUUAUGUCUGGUAUACCCGUUCGCGCGUUAUACCAGCUUAUUAAACACGAAACGCGUAUAAUAUUUUGACCGUACACCGGAGACGCGAUAUCCGCAUGUGCCGUCUCUCCGUCUUACAAACGUAUACGACGCAGUAGAUUUCCGUUAGACAGUGACGACUUUGUGCAGUCGGUUUUCAUGUUAAAGCGAAUUAAUCAAAUUUCUAAACACGGGACCAUUGCUGUUGUGCAACGUUGCCACUAUUUUUUCGAUGUUUUAAUUUUUAAAUCCGAUACAGACGCGAUAUUAAAUCGCGAAAUCGCGCGUCCUCGUAUCUCUUAUGAACGUGUGAAGUAUCGAUAAAAUAACGCCGGCGUGGCACGAAUAAUGCAGUUCAUACCUUUGAGUUUUAGGUCGAUUCACUCCGAUAUCAAAGCCAACAGCGCAAUGUUGUUCGUGCUGGACGCGAAUUCGCUAUGUCGCGCGUUUGUAAGACGAAUAAAACACAAUCACGCCCUCUUAAAGUCUCGGCCAUAGGCGUGUCUACAAAGCGGGAGGGGGUAGGAUUUGGCACGGUUGGCGGCCGCCUUCCCAGCGUCUUGGCGGAGAUUUUAGAUUCUUAGAGAAACGCAAAUCGCAAGUAGAGUAGUAAUCAAACAAUUAAAAUUAUACUAAGAUAGACAGUUCGGGUUUACAAUGCGGCCAACGAUUUUGUAAUUCGGUUUUAUUUUUUGUUUUGUUAUCGUUGGGUUAUGAUUACGCCGAAUACGUUGUACCCGGGCCAGAGUAAAAUUAUUUUUUAAAAGUAAAAAAAAUGACAGACGCCGGUGUGAUGUUGUUGUGAUAUCGCGUGGAAAUGUACGUUUCGCGUACAGAACGUAAUACGGUUUUACUCGGUUAAACACUGAACAUCGCGGUCCAUCGCGGCAACGGUGUCUCGUUCGCUCCCGUCCGCUCCCGUGGUCGCGGGACGCUCGGACCGCGAGUUUCCGCGGGUCUACUCCGCAGGCGUAUUCGGAAACUUCGCCCCGCAACGGUGCGCGUGUUGUCGGACACGUCCGUCUUACGCGCGGACACGAGCCGACCAGCGACUGUCUGUGUAGCCUACACCGACAAUUACGACGCAAUACUGCGUUACGGGCGACAACCACGACGACGGCGUUGGCGAAGAGGACACGAGACGACGUGUUCACGCAAACGCGGUCUGCGGGUAUACGGGGUAAAAACUUGCGGCGAAAAAACCGCGAGCGUUUUGUCAUCUCGUCGUGACUGGAUAUAAUAUUAUUAAUAAUAAUAAUAGCCGACGACGUUUUCUCAUUUACCGCGAGUCGCAAUACGACCGGCUGCCGGUAGUUUUUAUUAUUAUUAUUAUUAUUAUUAUUAUCAUUCUCGACUUUCAGCGACCGGAGUUUCGUGACUUACCCGGUUUUUUUAAUGUACGCCGCCGCUGCCGCCGUCGUACGCGGAGAAUUAUACGUUUAAUAUUUUAUAUGAAAAAAAAAAAAAUAAUAAUAAUAAAUAAAAUAAAAUAACGGUAGGAAAUAAUAGUAAUCUCUAUAUAAUAAUUGACGAAACCCUCUCACCACCGGCUUUCCAUUUCUCCACUCUAUACCGCCGCUAUACGAUAUUAUUAUUAUAUAUUACCGUUCCCGCACACAUUUAUACAUCCGAGUACAUUUUAUAUAAUAUUAUUUACGGUAAAUAAUAAUAUAAUAUUAUUCUCUACACGUCCGCCGCCGCGCACGUCAGAAAGUUUGGAUUUAUUAUCGGAUUUCGUAUCGGCCGUCGUCGUCGUCGUCGUUUACCCGCUUCUAUCGCUCUCGGACCGAGUCGUUAUAUAUUAUUUAUACACAACCUAUACUGCUGUGUAUGUAUAUAAAUGUAUAAAUAUAUGUGUGUGUGUGUGUGUGUGCGCGCGCGUGUGUGUGUAUAGGUGUACCCGUGUACGGACGACUAGAAAAUAAUAUAUAUAUAUUCUUGCACGGAGAAUAAACGCCGUCCGACGACGACGUCGGCGUCUUCAUCGUGCUGAAAGUCGAAACCGUAUAUUACGGUCGGGUGAAUCUCCCCGCGAGUGCCUGCGAAAGACAGCCCGGCGUAGGUGCGAGCCGAUCGAUCAUCCUGUAUAAUAUUGUUGUACGCACAGGUAAACAAUAUAUUGUUUAUCGUCGAGUUAGCCGUACAGCACGCGAUUUCUACAAAAAACGGUGGAAAAAAAAAACUUUAGAAAAUAAUAAACGAUCGGCGUUCACGUACACAAAAGCACCGUUUGAAUCGCGGGUCGAUCGGCCCGCCGACUACAUUAUUUGUAUAGACAACGAAAUUUAAAGAUUUCUUUUUUGUCGCGUCGGCAUACGCGCAGUCAUAACAAUAUUAGAACUGCGGGCAGUGUUUUUCCACGUAGAUUCCGGGUGCAGCGAGAAAUUUAUUGCGUGUUGGUUUUACUGUGACGCUUGCUUUUCGCCGUGUGUCCGCAAAACGACAUUUUUCUACCGGAAAUCUCUCUUCAACCGUCAAGUGCCGUGCAGCGUCUUUUUCAUAAAGUCAAAUUUCGUUUAGUCGGCGCCGCAUUGCGGAGGUCAGUUUUUGAUUACUGUACAUGGUCGUUAUUUCUCAGUGAACGGGAAAACCGUAAGACAAACGGAAAAUUUGUCGAUUCCCGCAGAUUACCAUGGGUAAUUGGGGAAAAGACACGGCUCGCACUAUUCCACUCAGAAUUUCUUGUUUCCUAUUGUGUUUACCAUUUACGUACGAAAAUUAUAAUAAUCGUGUCAUAAAAUUAAGUAUUUGUUAUACUUUUUAAAAGUAGAAUCCGCGAAAUGGUAGUGAAAUAAAGAUACCUACAUGACCUAUAUCAGUUAUAACUUACGAGUCUGCUGCAAUUGCAGAUUAUUGUGAUACGAUUUAAAAAAAAAAAAAAACAAAACAAAAUGGUCGAACAUACUUCGCACGUGCAUGCAGCCACUACUGUAGGUGGGAAGUCAAGAAGGUAAAUACGGACGGGAAUUUAAUAUAUGUAAACAACGAUAAACCGUUGCCAACGAAAAAACGAUUCUGAGCGGAGUUCAGUUGAUAGUGUUGUUUUCAACAAUACAAAAUAUGGUAUAUGUCAUAUUAUAGUAAAAUGAUUAUAACAAUGUGUGUUUCCGUGACAACAAUAAUUAUACAAAAAAGAUUAAAAUAGUAAAAACUUAAUAAUAACAAAAGAUAAAUAAAAACGGUUGUCAAUGACGACCUUAUUUUUAAUCUUUCAGGCUUUUUUAAUCUAAAGACCGAGGUUUUCCUCAUGAUCUCGAACAUUAAUGAGAAUUCCAAAAAAUGACCUCACCAAAGUACCACCACAGAGAAUAUUUACUUUCAGAAAAGGUGCUAUACUUGAUAAUCGGAAUAUGCUUUCUGGUAGAAAAAGUGUUCACUUAAAAAAAAAAUAAAAGCUAACAUCAUUGUAAAACCAAUACAUUCCUCGUUCCACUCAGAAUCUACAUAUACACGCGUUUUCCAAAACGAAAACAAACGAAAAUCCCCUACCGGAAUCUGUGCGAAAAUAUAAACGUUUACACGUCACAAUGAUAAUGAUUUGUGCGUGAGCUUUUCAUGCACCGGAUAAUUAUUUUUAAACGACAGCAGAUUCCGCUCCGUUCGUCAUCCUGCAGAUGUCUUACAUAAUCGCAUUUGAAGGAACACAUAAUGUACUAAUACGAAUCGCUGUCGGAAAUUCGAUGUGAAAAUCUGCGGGUGGUAAAUUCGGAGGGGAAAUAUUAUUAUUUCUCGGAAAUAAACGCGCGGCAUUUUUCACUCGCGCAUAUUGUAAUCGAGGCUAUAAUAUAGCGUAUGUUAAAAAAAAAAAAAAAAAAAUCACAAAAUAUUAUCGGUCGAAUUCGUAGCAACUAUAAUAAUAAUAAAUUUUAGUACGCAGCAAAUAUUUAUAUACAUACUAGGUGUUCUAGACCGGGACCGGGACAACUACCAAUUAUUAUUGUGCCCGGGGCGAAAUCUGAAAAACGCCCUCCACCACGGUUUUAGUUGCGAAAAUAUCACUGAAAACCGUCGUCAGGAAUCUUGAAUUAUGAAAUAAUCCGAACGUCAGAAAAGUGUUAUCCGAGAAAAACGAACGCAACGUUUUAUACCGUCGUUAAACGGCGAAUGGCUUCAUCGCUCCGCUCGAAAUCUAAAAUUAAAAUACGACGGAUUAAAAUUUACUCUGCGUGUUCUUUUCGUUGGAACAUUUGCGCUCUCGCGUUAGUUGCGCCCGGAGCCUAUGCCCCGUUUCCCCGGUACAACCGCGUUCCAGACCGGAAAAUACGCGAACUUUUACGAAAAAAUUGUUUCGGAACCGUAUAGGUGUUAUUUUGUAUUUUUGUUUAUUUAUUUAGUUACCUCGUUGGUAAUGAAUAAAAAUAAUUUUGUUUUCCUUCCUUGCUUUUGUUCGCUUUGAAAAUCUACAAUUUCAAGAUUAUUUCUAUGCAUUUCAACCGGGAAUUCAUUUGACAAAGGGGUUUUCGGUGGUGUCAUUGGAACGAAAAUUUGAAUUUUUUUUUUUUUUUUUUUAUUAUUGUUGAUUUAAAAUCGCCGGUGACAAGGACGGGGGAAAAACAGUUAUAACUAAUUGAUUCGGUUGUCACGGGCGUUUUCGAACGCAUUUACGGACAAACACGGUCGACCGCAGUGAUAUCCCAAUGUCGAGGAAACACGGUGUUUUUUUUUUCUCUCUCGUUGAACACGGGCAGCCACGGAGCGUGUAACACCGGAUCGUUCCACCAUUUGCUGGUAUUGACGUUCGGGCGUAUAUAGUAAAAGUUUACGGUAACGCCGUCACCGCGGCAACAAUAACGAAGAGGAUACGGGAAGGCGCGACCCUCGGGCGGGUAUAUCGUCGUACAAAAGGCUCCGGCGAAGACAAUAUUACGUGUAUUAUUGAGAGUGGCUCCCGUUUGUCGUCGUCUAGGAGGCGUCCUUUUUGUAACGUAUUGAAAUAAUAACGCCGUCUCGGACAAUUAAUCGUUACGAUAUUAUUAUUAUUAUUAUUAUUAUUAUACCGCAGUACGCAUAUCGCGGCGAUAAUAACGUCACUAUAAUACGUACGCAUGCGUGUUAUAGGCACGGGUAUAGGUGUCGGCGGUGUCGCGGCGGCUGAUCCACCGCGAGAGCGCACACAUAAUACACGCGUCGACCGUGUAGGUAACAUUCGUGCGCGUGUGUGCGUUUCUAUUUAAGUUUGCCCGCCUUUUCUCCGUGACGCGUACUCCGUGUACAGAGCGUGUAGUAGUAUAUCGUACGCGAUAUACGUUCUAGUAGUAGUAGUAAUAGUAGUAGUAGUAAUAGUAGUAGUGGUAAUAGUAGUGGUAGUAUAGUAGUGGUAGUAGUAGUAGUAGUAGUAGUAGUAGUAGUAGUAGUAGUAGUUUUCUCUCUGUCUGUGUGUGUGUAUGUGUCUCUCUCUCUCUCUCUCUCUCUCUCGGCUCCGUCUCGCGACCGUACAGUAAUAAUAAUUAGCGGCGCCCGUCGUGAACGCGUCGUCGUAUCCCGGCCCCCAAGACAAUGCUACCGGUGAUGCCCCCGUGUGGUAACAAUAGAGGAAAACCAAUUUUCGACGGUCGAUUGUGUCAGUGUGCGCGCGCGCGCGUAUGCGUGUGUGUGUGUGUGUGUGUGUGUGUGUGUGUGUGUGUAUCUCUCCUCUGCUCGCGCCGUCGCCUGUACACACGCUCUCGCGUACAUAAUACACACACGUCGUCGUCGGGCUCCUCUGCGGCAACGCGUUGUAUAACAUAAUAAUGUAAUAUUUUUUAGUAUUUUUUUUUUAUAUUGAAGUCGACCGCCGCCGCCGACCGAAAACUGGCGCCGCGCCGGACGACGACAAAACCGCGUUAACACGACCCACCGUGUUAAUAUCAUUGCGGUGUGACGACGACGAAAACAACAUACUGUACAUCAUAAUACGUAUAUAAUAAUAGUGUACGCGACACGGUUCGGACUUUUACAGGUUCCCGAGCGCACAUUAUCGCGGCGAAAACGUUCGGGGCUGCCGGCGUCUUAUCGGCGUAUUUUUACGCGUGCGCCUUUUCUUAUUUUUCUCCGACGAAGUGCUUAUAGUCGCAGUGUCCGUAGCGCCCGCGCCACGUUACCGACGCUUAUCAUCACAUACUACCGCGGAUGCUGCGACGGGACGCUAUCUCGCGGUGUGCACACUUCGAAUCGCUCUCGGACAAUGCGUUUUCCGUUCGAAUACGCUUGUCGGCCGCUGACAUUCGUCGAAAACCAGAAAAAAAAAAAAAAAAAAAAAAAAAACGUAGGUUCUCGUUUGGGUUUAAAAAAAUUUGACCCUCAAACGUCCCGUUCACCGUCAAAGGGCGUCCAACUACAAUGUCAAGACCGCGUACGGUCUUAGAUUAUACCACACUAACUAUAUUUAAUACGACCGUUGUCUGGUUUUUUUUUUCUCCGUUUUUCCGCAUAUUUAUAUGUGUGAGAAAAUUGCCGUAACAUAUAUUCCCGGUCACCCUGUACAUAUAUGUGUAUAUUAUAUAUGCAAACCGCUUUACGAUAACUCGGCACUACGGUUCUACGGCAUACUUUCUCGUUAUAUCUGAGAACGCAGGCGCCGAGUACUGUUGGAGGCUCCGGGACCGCGACCCUCCCGUCGACAAUAUUGGGCCGGAGCUCAGCCCUCCCCCCACCAGUGGUUUUACUGACGAAACGUAUCUUGCACGCUAGCGCGGUCAUGUUACGUGAAAUACGUUCAUUCUUAACGCUAUAAUAUACCGACUCGUUUUGCCGCCGUACAUUGAAAGUGUCGACAUUGUUGUUGGCGUUUGAUCAUCAAAUCAAGUUUUACACAUUAUUGAGGCGAAAAAAUGUUUGUUUAACGCCCGGUAUAAUGUGUACACGUGUAUAUCUUCGAGGUGUCACGUGACGCCAGUGGCGCGCGGGGCGCGUAUCGGUGACGGCCUGAUAAUAUUGCAGUUUCUCGACUGUAGUGCGCUUACUGUUUGCGUUACCGGCGGAUUGAGUAUUGUUAUCGAACGACGAAUCCGAUUGAAAAAUAGGUUUUCGACCGUCGGAUUCGAAACUACCCGUUCGAACAUAGGCACGGCGUGUACGGUCCCUUCGUUUCGUGUGGGUUUUCGGAAAAAUCUCGGAAAACCAAACAGGCUCGACGAGUCCGAUAAAAUAGUGACGGGUUCGAAACGCCCGAAGGCGUAUUUUUUUAUUUUUUUUUCAAUAAGCGCGCGGCGCCCGCGUUCGAGCGUACCGUUACAGCGUUAUGUUGGCCCGUGCGGGAGACGAACGAAUUCGGGACGGGUGUAGCCCCCGGCCCCGACCCGGAGCCGCGAAAUGAAUACCGCGUCGUGUUGCAAUCGUCCGCCGCGGCGUUUCCGGCCGCAGCGGGGAAACAUUUCUGCGACCGAAUUGUUCGCGAGAACAUUCGGUACCGGCGACGGCGAGGCGCCACCGACCCAUCCGAACAACGAUAAUCAAUAACAGAAAAUCACGUUAAUUAUUCGCGUUUUUCGUCGAUUGUUAUUAUUUCUUUUCUUUCGCUUUUUUUUUUUUUUUUUUUUUUUUUUUUUUCUCUCUCUCUGUUUAUAAUUGAGAUUUUUGUUUUUAAACUUUAUUGUUCCCCGCGAAAUUGGCAAUUAAAAUAAACGGCGGCGGCGGCGGCGGCGACGGUCGAGUGAAAGCGACUUGUUGGCAAAUUGUUUCGGCGCGGUUGUAUUUUUUUUAUUUUUUUUUUUUUUUUUCAUUUUGUACCUGUAAUAUAUUACAUAUUUUUUUUUUCCUUUCGGGGCUCGGUUAAUGAACCGUUUUGCCGCCCGUAUCCCCCAGACCUACGCGGUAGACGCAAUAUAAAUAACAUUACUUUUUAACGACAAUAACUCCAUGCACGACAAUAUAGAAUUGAAUUCGCGUUUUAACGUUAACUCUGUACAUGUAUCACAAUAAUAUGUCGGCCGGCUGUUUUAUAACGUCGCUUAUUAUGCAUUACAACUAUAAUGUUGCGAACGGUGAACUUGGGCGCCUACUCACCGGUACCAAAACGGAUGUCAUGACGGCUACGCUAAAACGCUUUACGCGAACGGUUGGUUUCGAGACGCGAUGAUUUUGUAGUAGUAAUAACUGAUAAUAACUGAUAAACUAUCGGUGAUAAGUACACUGAUCGUAGCAAUCGUUUAUCCGAUUUCGUACAACACGUCUGGGCACCGAGAAUCAAAAUAAUAAUAUCCGAUAGCCGUAGUUUUAUGUGUACACUUAUCAGGGCCUUCCGAAUUUUACAGUGUCAGUAAUGUAAUAUACAAGAACUUAAAAGAAAAAAAAACCUAUAUUGUAAAAACUUUUUGAAAACGUAAAUAUUUUAGACAAAUUUGAUGUUUAUAACAUUUUUCAUCAAUCGAAAAGGAGAAAUUCGAUGAGAUUUGGGGCGGGGAAGAAGGGAGGGGGGAAAUAAAUUGUAAAUUACAACUUUUAAUCAGUAUUGUCGGCUUGUUAAAUAUCAAUUGUGAUUCGGUACACAAAAGGCUUUUGCGACGGAUAUAUAAUCGAAACGCGCGUAUUAAAUAAAGUACCUAUUUAAAUACCAUGCGCGCAUAACCGGUGCCCAAACGUAGUGGAUGCAAAUCGGGGUCGGGACCCGAACGACUUGCGCCCGAUUUCUAUCGGUAGUUCGGUACGUGUUGAAUUCUCUCGGAAAAUCAAUUUGUCUUGCGCAUUAUGAUAACGUACCUAUUUAGAAAUUGGAAUACUUUGACGUUUUUCUAAAAAACAAAAAACCGAUUUAAUUUGUUUUUUUUUUUAAUUAAUUUAUCGUUUCUACAAUAUAAUAUUACAUUGUUAUAAAUUAUGCGUCAUCUUUUUUUUUCUAUCGAUUUUGUUAAUUAUUGUACAACACGGACGCGCGUUGUUGUCGAGGACCAAUGAAAAACCCGACGUUUAAUGUGUAUAAUGUGCAUUAUACUCGGUAUUCCGACAAGCUCGACGGCCAAUGAAAUCGCCGCACGGGCGCAGAUAUACUCGCGAAAAAAAGUCAUUCUAGUCAACUCGGUAACCGAUUCCGAAGUUCGCUCGUUUCGGCCACAAUGAAAAACACUAUCGGGUUUUCGUAUGCUUACUGUUAAAAUGAACGCGCCGUAUUUUCAACGACAAUUCUCAAGUAUGCCGUCGAUCCUAUUUGUGUUUAUAACUCUCCGGUUCCAACAUCGAAUACACGCGAACACUAAUGUAGGUAUUAUGUGCCACUACAGCCGAUUUACCCGGUAUUUCCCGGAAUCGAUAGGAUUCCGUUCAAAAAAAAACAGAAACGAAACAAAUUCGAAUCGUAAACGUGCGUCCCCGUUUCCGACCCUGUGAUAUUGUCCCCAACUGCGCGGUAUAGUUCGCUGUUGGCCGGAUAAAUUUUCUUUCGGAAACGGCACUAUACGUUGUCCGUGACGGCCGAAUGAAACGAUUAUAACUCGUCUCGCCAGGGUAACCCGUGAACCAACAAGAUGCAUUUUGAUUAAAUCGUUUUUCCAAAUCGCCGUAAAACAAUGCGUCAACAGCUUCGAUUAUUUUCUUGUUAUUUACUUAUUUUUUUCUUCUUUUUUCUCGCAUUUUACUCUAGCCGCGUAAUAAUUAUACAGCUAUAUGUUAUUACAUUAUACACGGGCAAUACAAUAGUACAUUAAUAUCGGUUUUUACGACUCUUUCAAAAUGCAAUAAAUAUACAGCAUACAUAUUAUAUAUCUACGCCUGAGUACAUAUAUAACACGAAAUACGAGUUUCGCAAACGCCGCACGAGUUUAAGUGCGCGCAUAACGUACAAAUACGCCGUAUCAAUUAUUAUGCGAUGUUCGUGCGCGUAUUAGUUUAUUUUCAUUUAAUAGAAUUUACGCCGGACGACUUUUACGUCGUACACACGUCGUGUACUUUAUACAUAUAAGCGUGCGCACGGAGGAUGUAAGUGAGGCGGCUGUUUCUCCCGCGAGAUUAUUAUUCGCCUAAGUAUUUUUUUUUUUUUUUUUAUGCAUUUUAGAUUAUCUAUAUGCGUUUUUCAAUACAUUUAACUCCACCGUACUCUUGAUUUUGUAUAGAUUAGCGCGAAUAGGUCGAGCUCGGAGGUUUAUCCCGCCUCUACGAAUCAAGUCCUCGUCAAGUAAAUACUAAGUUUAUACAAAAUUAAUAUUAUGGGCACUUGAGCCCUCGAUUUUGUGCCGAGUAUAUUGAUUUCGAAGAGAGUUGUCACCCUCUGGUCGAGAGGAUCUGCGCACGCUUAUGCCCGCGUGCGAGAAUUAAACGUUGGACACGAAAACCGACGCUAUUAUAUUAUAUGCGAGCUUGAUAAAUAAAAAGAAAUGUAAACUCUUUACGACGGUCGGUCUAAUUAUUAUUAUUAUUAUAGAUAUUUCAAGGGCGAAUGAUUUUAAUACAUACGGAAAAUCUUGUGCAUAUAAUGGAUAUUAUAAGUAUUAUUUUAUUAUUUUGUUAAAUGGUUUUUUUUUUUUCAAUGUUACAGGUGAAGCGAUCCAUUUGGCUCGGGACUUCGGGUACGUAUGCGAAACAGAAUUCCCGGCCCGACAAGUGGCUGAGUACCUGAGCAGACCGCACACGAGCGAUCCGACCGAGUCUUACAGGAGAAAAGAACUUAUACACGCAACAAAGUGAGUGAUAAAAACGCCUUGAAAAACUACACAUUUCUCACGCUAAAUUCGUAAAUUUGAUACAAGGUUCGCCAUCAUUUGCUCUUAUGACUCUAUAUAAGAACAUCGAAAAUCUGUAGUCAAGAUUCUUUUUAUUUAUAAGCGUUUAAAGUUCAAUUGUUUAUGAACAUCGUAAAAAUCACGGCAUUUGAAAACACGCGUUUAACGUAUGGAAUCGAACUUGGAAGUUCAAAAUCAUUUUUUCGUUUGCGAACACAGAAAUAAAUUAAAUUUAUCUAUAAAAUACCCUGUCUUAUCUACAAUACACCUACAACAGUGGCACAUCCAUCCGCAGCAGCAGUGGCUAUUUUUUUUCUGACUUUUACGCGUCAUGUAUUUGAAUUAUAUUACUAACAGUGGCGCAAUUAGUUGAGAAUCCUUGGAAGGUCUUGGGCCCCACCAUAAUACAGUGGAGCAACCAAGGGGAUGUUUUAAAAAUAAAAUUGAGGGACCUUAAGACGAUCCAGAGGGAGCUGAGCCCCCUAUUUCCCGUUUAAUUGUGCCACUGAAUUUACUAACGGCAUAGUUAAUGUAUAAUAAUUGUUUAUAAUAAAAACGCAGGUACAGACCGGCGGACACUUUAAUUCAAUUCGCGAUGCACAGCUGAACUUUUGUAGUGCGCAAAGUGCGUCGUAGUGCGCGCGAUUUUUUAGAAACUUUUUCCCGCGCCGCGAAACCCUCGGACUGCAGACAUUGGAAAUUACCGUAAAUAAUGUACGCAAAUAAUAGUAUGUAAAUCGAAUACCCGUGUAAGGAUAACGCAAUGUAGACAGUCGACAGAUCGCGGUAGGCAGGUAUAAUAAUAAUAAUAAUAAUAAUAUUCUCUUAAUACGUCUUGUCGACCAGAUCUUAAUGCGUCGGCCGUCUGCCACUGUCUAUUACGGCGAUGUUGCGCGCGUCUCGCGGGAGAAUAAUUAUUUUCAAAAACAUCAAACUGUCAGCGUGCCUGCACGCAUAUAUAUUUUCAACUCGUUUCGAUGUAAAAACACCGCCGCGUCCAACCGUAUCGCGAUAAGACUAGAGAUAUUUAAAUAUUAUUAUGUGUGUGUGCGUGCGUUUGUAUAUAGUAACACGGUGUUUAUUUUCCUUUUCGCAGACAAGUAACCAAAGAGCUGAUGGACCUGCUGAACCAGGACCGAUCGCCGCUGUGCAACACCAGGCCUCAGCAUAUCCUCGACCCGAUCAUACAGCGUCCCCUGACGCACUUUUCGCUCAUAUCGCACGGAUUCGGCAGUCCCGCAAUAGUGGCCGCGCUCACGGCCAUACAGGUGAGUCCAGAGGAUUUUUCCAACUCCGUGAGUCGGUAAAAAUCCGCGGAUCAGACGAUCGCGCGGAUUUCCAUACCCCAAAACGCACCGAGACUCGGACAGUAUUUCCGUUGCUUUAUCCGAUUUUGAAUUUUGAACAAAAAAAAAAAACCAUUCCAAAUAUCGUGUUUCACGCACAGUGCUUGAAAAAAUGCGACAGUAUCGGUGCAUUUAUAUUUUACAUUUGAAAAAUUGUCGAAUCUCCCGACAUAUCGCAUCACUAAAAACACUAGUUUCAAUACCUCUUUGACGACAUUUAUAUACGUACGUUUUGAUUAUUUCCGAUAUAGGAAAUGAUCCUCGUGACUUCUGCAAUAACUUUUAUAACAUGAUUCAACGAAAUGCUGGUCAAAAUAACGGGAAAACUCCGCAAACAUUUGUGAUUACUGAAAUAGGAGUAAGAUUAAUAUUAUAUAUCCGAAUCAAAAAAAAAAAAAAAAACUGUAAGCGUCGAAUUGAGUAAAACUGAAUUAUUUUAAAUAUUCUGAUGGCGGUCUAAUGUAUACGAACUCGAUAGUUUUAAGACAUUUUUUUUUUUAGUUUUAGUUUCCUAAAUAAUUUUAAAAAAUUGCUCUGCUUGUGUUACCGCUUUCAUCGCCGUAGUCCGUCGCUGGAAUUCUACCGAAAUAUCCGAGUGGGAAAAAUAUCAAAACUCAAAAAUAAUAUAUAUGUAUAGAUAUGAUAUUAGAAUUUUUAACUUUCAUCAUUUUUGACUCUGGACAUUUUGUUUUACUCCGGGCCAGUGGCAAAACGAACGCGACCUUUGAAAAUACGUGAUUGCAUUUCGAUUCAAUUUUAAAUUGAGGAUUAGGUGGAUACUUAAUAAGAAAAUAAUUAAACGUUAGUACUUGUUUACGACUAAUUUAGUAAAAUUAAGUGAAAAUAUUGAUAAUAUUGGGAAAUAUCGACGGGGGUGGGCAAUGGGUAUACAGUGGGUUAUGGGUCGCUUCUGGAUUGUUUUAGAUUCGUUUCGCCCCUGCUCCGGACAUUCGCCCCCCCCUCUCCCGUGUGUUUCGUCGUCAUACCGUCGUAUAUUUUAUACAUUAUACCGCAGUGUCUUCCCGUAUCGUUUGUUCGAGACGAAAACAAUUUGUUAUUAUUCGACGAUAUAUUCGUAUGACGGCCCGUAACAGACGCCCGCGAUAGGUGGUGUCCAUUGUCUUUCGAUAUUGUUUUUUUUUUUUUUUUUUUUUAUCGACGUGAAAUUAAUUAAACCCUAACGUACGUACUGCACGGCACUGCCGCCGUCUCAUCGCAUAAUACCAGUAUUACGCGCCUACCGUAUAUUCGUUCGUAAAGCAGCCGCGGUAUUUAUCGCGCAUUGUUCGCGGACGCGUUUACUGCGGUUUUUUUCAAGAUGAGACGGUACCAACGGCUGCCCGUAAACGGUAGACGCCUCCUCUAACGUCGGUUCGGUACGACACGAUAGCUCGCAUCGAUAAUACGGCGUCGAUCAGCAAAUCAAUAAUAAUUAUUAACUAACGUUGCCGGUUAGAAUAUUACUGCGAUGAUAACAAUACGAUCGGGUUGUCGGGCGCGCGCCGGAAACAGCACGGCCCGCGCGGGCGACUCCGCCGUUAUUGACGGUACGUCAUGCAAACAAUCGUCCGGCGUUUCGUUGCAAUUUUAUUCGGGAAUAUUGUUACACCCGGAAAGAUUUGUCUGGUCCGCUCGGGCCGAUACGCGAAAUCGGUACGGCGGCGUUGUUACAGAAACAAACAAAUAGAAUAAUUAGUAAAACACUCCUCGAUUGAGAUUAUUGUGGUCGGAAAACAAACCACAGGGUAUUGGUGACGGGUUUCCGAUAUGCUCUCCGAUUUUUUAAACACAAACUGUUUGCGUUUAACGUUACCUAACCGUAAAACUGACCUGACGAUAAAACUUUUCCACUGAUCUACUGACCGAAAACCUCGGCUAAACCGUGUUGAAUUGUUCAAUCAAUUUCAAUUAUUUCUACCGCAAAUAAAUGACAAAAUACUAUCAAAUAUCGUGUUUACGGUUCCUUUAAAAUAUUGAAUUUAUAUUUCUAACACGCCCUAUUAUAGAACCUGAAGAAUCAUAAUCCGUUUUAUUUUAAAAUUGAAAUUCCUACAGUUUUAUCUGGUUUUUUAGGUCUAAGUCGACUACAAUAUAAUAAUAGGUAUAUUAAGAGAAUCGGUGACUUCCUUUAAAGUGAAUUUAAUUUAAUUUUUUUUUCUCAUAUUAAUAAAAUCGUUUAAUCUUUUAUUUGAACGCUUUGUUUCAAAUUUGUUUCCCUACCCUGCCAAAUGCUCCCUAAUUAAAAUAGAGAAUAAAUCCAAUCGUAUUUAGCGUUAUAUACGCAUCAAAGUGUUUGAAACAAAAAACAAUUGGCCUCUUUAAACUUCAAGGCACAUUUGUGUUUUUUUUAUAUCAAACGAUAUUAAAUUCUUCGACAACACGAACGUUUGCUUCGAUCGUUGUCUGUAUGUAUAAUAUCUCGCUCGGUCUUGGUGCUCGGUGGAUUCCGAAAGACGGAUUUCACAUAUACACAUCCCAAAAUAUUAUUACUACUUAUAACUGACUGUUACUAUAUUUUCUUCCAGAAUUUUCUGUCGGAAUCGUUGAAACACCUGGACAAGGUGUACCCGUCGGGCAACAGCCUGUCGUCACAACAGCAACAGCAGCAGCAGCAAGCCAACCAACUGCAGCAACAGGACCAGAAACCCAAAGACCUGGUCGGGCUGGAACUGAAAAAAUGAGCCUGGUCGAGGCGGGCGCAUCACCAGCAGCAGCAGUAGACAUGCUCAGCAGCAACGGAGGCAGCAGCAGUAGUACGACGACCGCAUUAUUUUCGCGGCGAUCUCUGAAUCUGACGAUUCGAGAUUAGUCGACGAUCGUUGUGACCUCUUGACCGCCCGCCAGCCCUACCCCACACCCCACCUCCUAUCAUACGAUUAGAAUAUUAUUUGAAAAAAAAAAAGAUUUUUAUUUUUUUUGUAUACAAAUGCGGCUGUUAAAAAAAAAAAAAAAUUACGUGCCCGAAAGUGACAACAAAAUAUUUAUACAUACACGCCAGCCAUAAUAUUUUUAUCGCGUCAUACCUGUAAAUAAUAUACCUACGGUAUAAAAAAUAGUAUUUCGUUUAUUCUUUUCGGACAAUCGUAAUUGAUU